AUGGAGACCUUAACGACACUACCAGGAAUGAAGGAGAACAGAAGGUAUACAGUGAACAGGUAUACCAUAAGGUCAAUUAACAGUGAGUAUUAUAAACAACAUACACUUUCCCACAAAAUGUCCAUAGGAAGAGAAAGAGUGAGGCAGGGUUGCCAGGAUAAUGUCUGGGUGAGAGAUGCAGACACCGGUGGUGCAUUUCAGACUCAGACUUUUCUGUUUCCAUCUAUGUGGACUAGCACCCAUGUCUCACUGGGGCAUGGCUCCAGCGAACCUGCCCUGACUAGGGGCCAAGCCCAGGUCCUGGGUACUUUUCAGCCUCAAUUUAAUAACAAUGGCUAACUCUGAACUUUAACACCUUCUCACAAAGCAACUGACUUGAAUGAUGGUUCUUGAUUCUGCUCGCCCCAAGUCUUAGUGUCACAAUCCUGAUAGAAACACAAUUACACUAGAGCUGACAUUAACAUAAACACUGGUGACCCACUAGUGUGGGGGUAAGUGUCAUUGGAAAAGCACCAUGAGUAAAUGAGAAUGAAAGCUCAACCUGGUGAGGGAAAAUAGGAAGGAUAAAAAAGGGAGGAAAAAACAGGAGGAGUGAACUACAUGCUGGAAUAGCCAGCGAGCAGAGCUGUUGACUCCACCUUCCUCCCUUCCCCCUCCCUGCCUCCCUUUCUCUCUCUAUUUCUAUCUCUCUCUCUCUUUCACACACACAGAAUGCUAGCCCACUAUCUGACCACAGAGUGAGCUCAGUUAAUUGUGGAAAGCAUAUUGUUUCUCCACGUCUCUCUCUCCCUCUCACUCGCUCUCCCUCUCUCUUUCACUCUUCCACAUGGGAUCCUAAAAGACUGGACUAUCUCUUCUUUGGAUAUCCUCCUCCUGCUUUGGGAUUUAACUGAGAGUAGAGCAAGCUUUCUUUCCUGUUGUCAGAAUUUUCUAUAUUGAUCUCUUCUGGGGAUUACCACAGGAAUACCUCCUGUGUGUGUGUGCUUUUGAGCGUGUGUGUGUGUGAGUGUGUGUGUCCUGUGCCAUGCCCGCUCCUGGUCGUUUUGGGACUAACGGCAGUGGAUCAGCAUGAAGGGGGGUCACCAUCAGCGGGGGUGUGGGUGUCAACACCUGUUCCGAAAAGUACUGGCUAAGUGUGGCUGCUGCUAUGCCCGAGUCCGAGGUUGGUACAUCUCUGCCUUAUGUCCGUCAUCUUCACCUAGCUACUUCUCUUCACUUUACUGGGCUCAGAUGAGAUGGGAGUUUAGUUUGCUUUCUCAGUUAUACUGUAGGUCAGAUGGUCUGUGCAGUUGUGAAGUCUGUGUUUUUUGCUGCUGUAAACUUACACAGGUUUGUCCGAGAUGGGCUGAGAUCAGAUGAUGAGAGAGAAUCAGCAGAGCUCGUUGGUUGAUAUUCAAUCUGUUUUUAGGUCAGAUAAUACUAGCGAAUGGGCACCAUUAAGUAUAGCCUAUACUCUACUUCACUGUCCCAGUCUGUUGUUCUGUGAUCAGAUAUUGAGACCGAGACACUGCAACAGAUAUGGGACCUCUUACAGACUGAACUUUACUAACUCCAACUCUGAGUGUAACCAGUGGUGUACCACAGUUUCGUGGGCCCCCCGCAAGGUCUGAGACAGCGCCCCCCCCAAACAGCUAACUUCCUACAAUUCUACAUAAUUUGCAGUUUUAUAGCUUAUCUCAUGCUACUCUACACAUUUUGCAAUGAGGCUGAGAGAAUUUAGCAUUUUUAUUGGGGUAUUAUGACUCAUACUACGGUACUCUAUGCAUAAUCCUGAUUUUACUUAUGCAGGAAAAUAAAACAAAGGCAUGUGAUAUAUCAGAAAUUGUGUAAUCGAAUAUUUUUGUCAACCUAAAAUAUUUCAUAUAAUCAUAAAUACAGUUUAUAUGCGUUUUAUACAAAUGUUCUGUAUAAAUAGCCUAAAAAAUAUAUGUAAACAUGCAUAAAUGUCUAAAUUGUUGUUUUCUUGGAAAGCUGAGAGUGCUAUUAUAUGAUACAAUAUCAGUACUUGUUGCAUUUACAACUUGUCCUACCAUUUACUGCUUUAAGCCAGUGUAUGGCUGUGGAUUGACUGCAUUGUUUGAAUAGAAUGUUGGCAUAUUGGCAGUUCAUUUGAAACAUUUGUGGAAUCAUUCCUCUAAAACUGUCUGGCUAGCUAGCCAACAAACAUUUAGUGCGGAUAAAUUCUUCAAAUUCAUUAUUUUACAAAAUAUCUUAUCACAGAAAUGGAAAACCAUGGUUGACCAACUCCCUGACCAAAAUGUCUGACCUUUAUUGCAUCAUAAGAAGGUUCAUGUCCAAUCUAGUAUUCUAAUUACUAAUUUUAUGGGGGCGAACUCCAGGAGGUGUGUGGAACGCCAGCCUCUAUCUUUCACUCACUCUUUCAUUCUCUUUUUUUUAUCAGUCUGUCUGUCCUUCUCUCUCUUAACUCCUCAUUCCUUUGUACUCUUCUCUCCUGUUCUCUCUCGGGGAGAGACAGCAGAAGAGAAUUGACAGUGAUGUUUUGCUUAGACUCCAACUCCUCCAGAGGAAAUUAAAUGAAAUGUCUUUGGCCCUGGUUGUGUUCACUCUGCUCUGGGUUUUGCAGCAGACACAAUGCUAGUCUCAUGCGGAUAAGGUGAGCUGUGCAGUGUGUGAAAAUGUAUCACUCUAGACAGUUAUAUAAAGUUAGAACAGUGACAUAAUUAUUAUAUUCUCAGUAAUAUAGAGUUCAAACAAAAAUAGUGCCUUCGGAAAGUUUUCAGACCCCUUCACUUUUUCCACAUUUUGUUAAGUUACAGCCUUAUUCAAAAAUUUAUUAAAUUUGUUUUCCCCCCCUCAUAAAUCUACACACAAUAACCCAUAAUGACAAAGCAAAAACAAAAACAAGGUUUUUCUUUAUUUUUACUAUUUUCUGCAUUGUAGAAUAAUAGUGAAGACAUCAAAACUAUGAAAUAACACAUAUGGCAUCAUGUAGUAACCAAAAAAGAAAUAUAUUUGAGAUUCUUCAGCUUUGCACACUCUUGGCAUUCUCUCAACCAGCUUCAUGAUGUAGUCACAUGGAAGGCAUUUCAAUUAACUGGUGUGCCUUCUUAAAAGUUAAUUUGUGGAAUUUUUUCCUUCUUAAUGCGUUUGAGCCAAUCAGUUGUGUUGUGACAAUGUAGGGGUGGUAUACAGAAGAUAGCCCUAUUUGGUAAAAGACCAAGUCCAUAUUAUUGCAAGAACAGCUCAAAUAAGCAAAGAGAAACGACAGUCCAUCAUUACUUUAAGACAGGAAGGUCAGUCACUCCGGAAAAUUUCAAGAACUUUGAAAGUUUCUUCAAGUGCAGUCACAAAAACCAUCAAGCGCUAUGAGGAAACUUGCUCUCAUGAGGACCACCACAGGAAUGGAAGACCCAGAGUUAACUCUGCUGCAGAGGAUAAGUUCAUUAGAGUUACCAGCCUCAGAAAUUGCAGCCCAAAUAAAUGCUUCACAGAGUUCAAGUAACAGACACAUCUCAACAUCAACUGUUCAGAGAGGACUGAGUGAAUCAGGCCUUCAUGGUCGAAUUUCUGCAAAGAAACUACUACUAAAGGACACCAAUAAGAAGAAGAGACCUGCUUGGGCCAAGAAACAUGAGCAAUGGACAUUAGACUGGUGGAAAUAUGUCCUUUGGUCUGGAGUCCAAAUUGGAGAUUUUUGGUUCUAACCGCCGUGUCUUUGUGAGACGCAGUGUGGGUGAACGGAUGAUCUCCGCAUGUGCAUUUCUCAACGUAAUGCAUGGAGGAGGAGGUGUUAUGGUGUGGGGGUGCUUUGCUGGUGACACUGUCUGUGAUUUAUUUAGAAUUCAAGGCACACUUAACCAGCAUGGCUACCACAGCAUUCUGCAGCGAUACGCCAUCCCAGUUUGGGCUUAGUGGGACUAUCAUUUGUUUUUCAACAGGACAAUGACCCAACACACCUCCAGACUGUGUAAGGGCUACUUUACUAAGAAGGAGAGUGAUGGAGUGCUGCAUCAGAUGACAUGGCCUCCAGAAUCCCCCGACCUCAACCCAAUCGAGAUGAUUUGGGAUGAGUUGGACCGCAGAGUGAAGGAAAAGCAGCCAACAAGUGCUCAGCAUAUGUGGGAACUCCUUAAAGACUGUUGGAAAAGCAUUCCAGGUGAAGGUGGUUGAGAGAAUGCCAAGAGUGUGCAAAGCUGUCAUCAAGGCAAAGGGUGGCUAUUUGAAGAUUCUCAAAUAUAAAAUAUAUUUUGAUUUGUUUAACACUUUUUUGUUUACUACAUGAUUCCAUAUGUGUUAUUUCAUAGUUUUGAUGUCUUCACUUUUAUUCUACAAUGUAAAAAAUAGUAAAAAAAAAAAAAAAACCUUCAAUGAUUAGGUGUGUCCAAACUUUUGACUGGUAGUGUAAGUAUUCAGACCCUUUACUCAGUACUUAUUUGAUGCAACUUUGGCAGCGAUUACAGCCUUGAGUCUUCUUGGAUAUGACGCUACACGGUUUGCACACCUGUAUUUGGGGAAUUUCUCCCAUUCUUCUCUGCAGAUCCUCUCAUGCUCUGUCAGGUUGGAUGGGGAGAAUCGCUGCACAGCUAUUUUUAGGUCUCUCCAGAGAUGUUCGAUCGGGUUCAAGUCCGGGCUCUGGCUGGGCCACUCAAGGACAUUCAGAGACUUGUUUCCGAAGCCACUCCUGCAUUGUCUUGGCUAUGUGCUUAGGGUCAUUGUCCUGUUGGAAGGUAAACCUUCACUCCAGUCUGAGGCCCUGAGCGCUCUGGAGCAGGUUUUCAUCAAGGAUCUCUCUGUACUUUGCUCCAUUCAUAAUUACCUCGUUCCUGACUAGUUUCCCAGUCCCUGCCACUGAAAAACAUCCCCACUGCAUGAUGCUGCCACCACCAUGCUUCACCGUAGGGAUGGUGCAAGGUUUCCUCCAGACGUGAUGCUUGGCAUUCAGACGUUACGCUUGGCAUUCAGGCCAAAGAUUCCAUCUUGGUUUCGUCAGACCAGAGAAUCUUGUUUCUCAUGGUCUGAGAGUCUUUAGGUGCCUUUUGGCAAACUCCAAGCGGGCUGUCAUGUGCUUCCGUCUGGCCACUCUAUCAUAAAGGCCCGAUUGGUGGAGUGCUGCAGAGAUGGUUGUCCAUCUGGAUGGUUCUCCCAUCUCCACAGAGGAACUCUAGAGCUCUGUCAGAGUGACCAUCGGGUUCUUGGUCACCUCCCUGACCAAGGCCCUUCUCCCCCGAUUGCUCAGUUUGGCUGGGAGGCCAGCUCUAGGAAGAGUCUUGGUGGUUCCAAACGUCUUCCAUUUAAGAAUGAUGGAGGCCACUGUGUUCUUGGGGGUCUUUAAUGCUGCAGAAUACAUUUUCUGGUACCCUUCCCUAGAUCUGUGCCUCGACACAAUCCUGUCUCGGAGCGCUACGAACAAUUCCUUCGACCUCAUAGCUUGGUUUUUGCUCUGACAUGCAUUGUCAACGGUGGGACCUUAUAUAGACAGCUGUGUGCCUUUCCAAAUAAUGUCUAAUCAAUUGAAUUUACCACAGGUGGACUCCAAUCAAGUUGUAGAAACAUCUCAAGGAUGGAUAAGAGCGUCUGCUAAACGAUGUAAAUGUAAAAUAUUCAAUGGAAACAGGAUGCACCUGAGAUCAAUUUCGAGUCUCGUAGCAAAGGGUCUGAAUAAUUAUGUAAAUAAGUUAUUUCUUUUUUAAAUUUGUAAUACAUUUGCAAACAUUUCUACAAACCUGUUUUCGCUUUGUCAUUAUGGGGUAUUGUGUGUAGAUUGCUCCGGAUCUUUAUUUAUUUAAUCCAUUUUAGAAUAAGGCUGUAACCUAACAAAAUGUGGAAAAAGUAAUGUGGUCUGAGUACUUUCCGAAGGCACUGUAUAUAGUACUAUUGGGUUUAAACUAAGGUUGCAAAAUGUACAUAGACACUGUGACUCUCUGCUCAGUGAUGUAGGGUUUACAUAGACAGUGAUGUAGGGUUUGCAUAAACACUGUGGCUCUGCUUAGUGAUGAAGGGUUUGCAUAGACACUGUGACUCUGCUCAGCGAAGUAGUGUUUACAUAGACACUAUGACUUUGCACAGUGAUGUAAGGUUUACAUAGAUUCUGAUUUGCUCACUGAUGUAGGGAUUUACAUAGACACUGUGACUCUGCUCAGCGAUGUAGUGUUUACAUAGACACUGUGACUCUUUGCACAGUGAUUUAAGGUUUACAUAGAUACUGAUUUGCUCAGUGAUAUAGGGUUUACAUAGACACUAUGACUUUGCACAGUGAUGUAAGGUUUACAUAGAUUCUGAUUUUCUCACUGAUGUAGGGAUUUACAUAGACAUUGUGACUCUGUUCAGUGAUAUAGGGUUUACAUAGACACUGUGACUCUUUGCUUAGUGAUGUAAGGUUUACAUAGACACUGUGACUCUGCUCAGUGAUGUAGGGUUUACAUUAACCUAACGUAGCAGGCCUAAAAGAAACGGCUGAAACCUAGAUCUCUUACAUACUGGUAUUGGCGAGAAGGAAAAAAAACUGUCUGCACUGUUCAGCCAAUCCAGUAAAUGUGGAGGAGGAGUUAAGAUGGAGUGUCAUCUUGUUAACGUCCAAAAGCGGAAGUCGUGUCGCAGGCUCUCUUUCCAUUUCCCCUGAAAACAGGAACAUCUAGUUGGGGACUCGGCAGACGCUAGGUUUACAUAGACACUGUGACUCUGCUCAAUGAUGUAGGGUCUUAACAGAUACCGAGAGAGUCAGCGAUACGCUCACAUCUGGAACUUUGCAGUGUCUCGGAAUGUGCUGCUUUCGAAUCAUUGGAUCAUGGAAACGUUGGAGUCACUGAGUCACUCUGCCAAACAUUCCUUUCCCCAAAAAAGCUAGGCUUAAGUAACCCCCUGACCCCCCUCCCCCCAAUACACACACAAACUCUGAGCAGCUAUCCUUUCCCCAAAGAAACCCUGUUUCCGAGAAUAGAAAGGGGAUUUAUGGGGCGCUGUGGUGAAUAAAUGUUAUGUUCAUUAUUGUCUGUUCAAAGAAGCACAGAGCUGGUGACUGGUGGAUAGAAAAGUGCUCCUGUGCUCUAACUUUGGGGCUACAGGUGCUGUAGUAUGGUAACUGUCCAGUUCUGUGGCACAUAUAUCUUUACAUCAGAGAGUUGGUUGUUAGGUGCAGAUAACAUAAUAGAUUGCUGACCACUGUGGUCUAUUAGUAUGCUGUAGACAUUACUACAGUUUAUGUAGAACAUAGACCUUUGUCUAAACAUUGUGGUAUUUGACCGUUGUGAUACUCUCUCCUCUUUUUGACUAGAGGUCCUCUCAUUUCCUCAAAGCUCUGACUUUGGCACAAUUUAGCAUUGCUGUGAUCCUGCCCUGGCACAGGAGCUGUACAGGAGAGCUCUCCUCUCUAUGAGUUAGGGAUAUCAGAGAGCUCCCUCCCUGCCAAAAUAUUUCUACUCUUGUAACCACGGCUGUGUGUGUGUGUGUGUGUGUUUGUUUAAGUGUGUGUACAUGUUUAAGUGUGUUUGUACAGUGUAGAGAUAAUCUCCUCUCUCUCUGCCGACGCUGUUUUGAUUCAUUUCCUAAUUUACCACAGGCAAAAUAUAAAGAUACUGUGGCUUGAGGCCUGUUGAGUGACAUAUCUGCUGCCUGGCUGACUGAGGAUUACAUCCUCUAUCCAUCCUGCACACAUCCUCAAAUACAAGCCAACACACACACAAACAUACAUGCACGCAGAUUGUCAAUCGAACAACCUAUUUGUGGAGCAUGUUAACCUUUUAGCAUGUCAGUAUAUACAGUGAGGGAAAAAAGUAUUUGAUCCCCUGCUGAUUUUGUACGUUUGCCCACUGACAAAGAAAUGAUCAGUCUAUAAUUUUAAUGGUAGGUUUAUUUGAACAGUGAGAGACAGAAUAACAACAAAAAAAUCCAGAAAAACGCAUGUCAAAAAUUUUAUUAAUUGAUUUGCAUUUUAAUGAGGGAAAUAAGUAUUUGACCCCCUCUCAAUCAGAAAGAUUUCUGGCUCCCAGGUGUCUUUUAUACAGGUAAUGAGCUGAGAUUAGGAGCACACACUUAAAGGGAGUGCUCCUAAUCUCAGUUUGUUACCUGUAUAAAAGACACCUGUCCACAGAAGCAAUCAAUCAAUCAGAUUCCAAACUCUCCACCAUGGCCAAGACCAAAGAGCUCUCCAAGGAUGUCAGGGACAAGAUUGUAGACCUACACAAGGCUGGAAUGGGCUACAAAACCAUUGCCAAGCAGCUUGGUGAGAAGGUGACAACAGUUGGUGUGAUUAUUCGCCUGGCCUGGAGCUCCAUGCAAGAUCUCACCUCGUGGAGUUGCAAUGAUAAUGAAAACGGUGAGGAAUCAGCCCAGAACUACACGGGAGGAUCUUGUCAAUGAUCUCAAGGCAGCUGGGACCAUAGUCACCAAGAAAACAAUUGGUAACACACUACGCCGUGAAGGACUGAAAUCCUGCAGCGCCCACAAGGUCCCCCUGCUCAAGAAAGCACAUAUACAUGCCCGUCUGAAGUUUGCCAAUGAACGUCUGAAUGAUUCAGAGGAGAACUGGGUGAAAGUGUUGUGGUCAGAUGAGACAAAAAUGGAGCACUUUGGCAUCAACUCAACUCGCCGUGUUUGGAGGAGGAGGAAUGCUGCCUAUGACCCCAAGAACACCAUCCCCAUUGUCAAACAUGGAGGUGGAAACAUUUACAUUUUAGUCAUUUAGCAGACGCUCUUAUCCAGAGCGACUUACAGUUAGUGCAUACAUUAUUUUUUUUCAUACCCCUGUGGGAAUUGAACCCACAACCCUGGCGUUGCAAACGCCAUGCUCUAUCAACUGAGCUACAUCCCUGCCGGCCAUUCCCUCCCCUACCCUGGACGACGCUGGGCCAAUUGCGCGCCGCCCCAUGGGUCUCCCGGUCGCGGACGGCUACGACAGAGCCUGGAUUCGAACCAGGAUCUCUAGUGGCACAGCUAGCACUGCGAUGCAGUGCCUUAGACCACUGCUCGGGAGACUCGAGUGGCGCUUUGGGGGUGUUUUUCUGCUAAGGGGACAGGACAACUUCACCACAUCAACGGGAUGAUGGACGGGGCCAUGUACUGUCAAAUCUUGGGUGAGAACCUCCUUCCUUCAGCCAGGGCAUUGAAAAUGGGUCGUGGAUGGGUUUUCCAGCAUGACAAUGACCCAAAACACACGGCCAAGGCAACAAAGGAGUGGCUCAAGAAGAAGCACAUUAAGGUCCUGGAGUGGCCUAGCCAGUCUCCAGACCUUAAUCCCAUAGAAAAUCUGUGGAGGGAGCUGAAGGUUCGAGUUGCCAAACGUCAGCCUCGAAACCUUAAUGACUUGGAGAAGAUCUGCAAAGAGGAGUGGGACAAAAUCCCUCCUGAGAUGUGUGCAAACCUGGUGGCCAACUACAAGAAACGUCUGACCUCUGUGAUUGCCAACAAGGGUUUUGCCACCAAGUACUAAGUCAUGUUUUGCAGAGGAGUCAAAUAAUUAUUUCCCUCAUUAAAAUGCUAAUCAAUUUAUAAUGCGUUUUUCUGGAUUAUUUUGUUGUUAUACUGUCUCUCACUGUUCAAAUAAACCUACCAUUAAAAUUAUAGACUGAUCAUUUCUUUGUCAGUGGGCAAACGUACAAAAUCAUCAGGGGUUCAAAUACUUUUUUCCCUCACUGUAGACCUACGUACCUUAUCAACAUCCAUUUUUUUAUUUUUACACAUUUCUAUUGUUGUGUGUGCGACAAAAUAAUAUAAUUUUAUUCUCGCACUGGCCCGAAUUAGUAGGCCUACAUUUGUACAUUUGGUCCAGUGUCAGCGUCAGUGUAGAGGGUGAUAUGUUGUUGCUCCCAUCAUAAGGCCUUCUCGCUUGUUGUAUGAGCCAUCAGGAGCAUUAAGCUAGCCAAUGCAGAGCCAUAGAUACAGAGUAAUGGAAUCAACAGGGUGAGAACACAGACAGAAGGCAGAAAGACAGUAAAUAUGCUCAUUUACAGUACAGGCUAGGUUGUGGUGUUUUGGGUAAUAUAAUAAGUGGGUUGUGUCCCAAAUGGCACCCUAUCCCCAAUAUAGUGCACUAUAUUUGACCAGGGCCCAUAGGAAUAGGGUUCCUUUUAGGAACGGACCUAGUUUUAUUCAUGAAAGUGCAGUGAAGUGCUAUAGGAACAACUGCUCUGUGCCGUAGUGCAGUAGAGCUGAUAUACCAGAAGGAGAUGGAGACUCCAGAAUAUCAUGCUGUUAUAAUCUGACUUCUGACUGGGACCAUACCUUCUGCACCAACAAGAUAAUACUGAUCAAUCAGAGAGUUUAAUGCCCUCUGGUUGUGUGUCUGUGUGCGGGUGUGGGUUUCCAUGCGGGUGUGGGUAUGCCUGUGUGUGUCACAUCUCUCAGUGUGGUUGCAAGGAUAUGUGCAAGUGUCUGUCUGCCUUUCCUCUUUUUCUGUGACAGUGUUUGGUUUGCACAUGUGAGUUUUAUCUCACGUGUUUCAGAGUGGUGUGUGCGUGUGCACGGAGUUGGGGAGUCAGUACUGUGGUGGUACAGAUUACCACUCUCUCUCCCUCUUUCUCCCCCAAUCCCCCCCCCUUAAAUCCUCUCUUGUUCCAGUUGCUCAGGCAGUGAUUAAAGUGCAGCUCUAUCCAUGCUGCAGAGACAGAGACACUGCAAAUAGUAGAUGUGUGAAAUGGGUAAACUAGGAAAGCAUUAUGUUAGGGAUGGCACUCUUAUUAUGCUGCCUCUCUCUCCCUCCUUCCCCCUCGUUUUCUUUCAAGCAAGUGACAGCAUAUCUCUUACACCCAGUGUCUCUUUGGUUCUGGCCACUCCACCACCUACACGCACACACGCACGCACCCACACCCCCCCCCCCCCACCCACCCCCCCCACACACACACAGCAUAGACUAAGCCAUGAUGAUGAUCUCAGUGUAUUUUCAACCACCAUUCCUCUUGGAAGAUCUAUCUUUCUGUACUGUAAUUAUCAUAAAGCCUGUCAGACAGUGAGAAAGUGCUCCUGUUAAUGUGACAGUGAUAAUUAACGCUGCCUGCAUGGCGUUUUAAAAUAAACCCUAUCUGAGUGAGGUCACCAUCAUCAUGGUGGUUUGAUACUCUGUUAUACUGAGAGAGAGAGAGAGGAUGGGUCUCCUUAUACCCCUACCCCCUGUCUCUCUCUGUCCAUUGGUGUUACAGAUACAGGUAUCCUGUGUCUUUUUGUGUUUUUCCUCUCCUUCUGCCCUAAUCACAGGUGUCCUGUAUGUUCCUGAUUGGUGGUCGUUGGGGUGUCUGCUGAUUGCUGAGGUGGACCAAUCAGUGGACAUUCCUCUGCAUUGCACCACCUGUUUCUGGUUUUUCAAUCACACAUCCCAUUGUUUAAAAGCCGGUCAGUUGUUAGAGACUAUUUUCGUAUGUGAGUAUGGAUACUGUGGUGUCCUGUGUACUCACUCAUUUGCUGGUUACUCUGUUUGGUAACUUUGUGUGUUUCUGGGAAAAGGGGAAUUUAAGCAAGUUGCCCUUGGGUGUACAUUACCCGUAGGAAGAAAACUGUCUAAAAACACUAGUUAGACCUGAGCGGACCACCCACUGUAAUUGUUGUAUGAUUAGCAGUAGCUUAGCGGUUCUUGAGGCAGGCAAGAUCAGUUUAGUUUUUUUUUACACUAUUGUUUCAUUUCUUGGGUCCUGCUCAGCCCUUUUUCCAAACCUUUACCGUGUGUUCAAAAAUAAACCUUUUAUGUUUGACGGUAGUUUAUGGUUGUCGUGUAGUUUUUGUUCUCGCUGUUCCAUGUCACGCUUCUAAUUUGCAUGAAUUAUGUUACGGGUCUCUUGUCCAUCCACCCUAGACGUUUAAAGCCACAGGGUUCGUAACAAAAUGUGGGGGCUCGUCCAGGAUCAUUCUCAUUGAUACCCAUGCUACUCAUGCAAAUUAGUUAGUGUCUGGUUCAGUGUUGAGCUUGGCAGCUGUAACUAACUGGUUUUGUGUUCAGUAUUUGUCGGCUCGUGCUAGUUUAGGAUGGCUACUUUUGAGUUGGAUGCCUUUUUGGAAAACCCUACGUGGGAGGUUUUUGAGAAUUGCCGUAGAGUGGAUCUACAGGCUUUGGCUGACCACUUUUCUGUACCCAUAUCAAGGGUUUUAGUGAAAGCAGAAGUUAGGAAAGCAGUGUUAGAGAUAUUAUUGAACGAGCGAGUGCUUGAAUUACCGCCGCCUGACCCUGCUGCUCCUGUAGGGGAUGUGGUUGCUGCUCCUGUAAGCCCGUCGGUGUCUGAGGACGAGGCUCCAGCCACAUUGCCCCGUUUUGACCCACUGUCCGACAGUGAUGCUAGGAUGGAUGUCCGCUCGACACGGCUCCAAAUGGAGGCGGAAGAGCGGGCACAAAUCAGGCAAGACAAGCUGGAGAUGCGUAAAAUGGAACUAGAGGCAGAACUGGAGACGCGUAGGCUUGAUAAAUAAUGUCCACUGAUUGGUCCACCUCAGCAAUCAGCAGACACCCCAACGACCACCAAUCAGGAACAUACAGGACACCUGUGAUUAGGGCAGAAGGAGAGGAAAAACACAAAAAGACACAGGAUACCUAGUCUGGUUCUGAUUUAGAGCGUGUGUGUGUGCUCUUUAUUAACACUGCCAGGUGUAAGUGUCUGUCCCCCUUUCUACUCUCUCUCUCCUCUGUCUUUCUACUCUCUUUCUCUCCUCUGUCUUUCUACUCUCGCUCUCCUCUGUCUUUCAACUCUCUCAUCUGUCUUUCCAUCCUCCACUCUUAGGACACAUGAGGGGAGAACAGUGGUUAUAGUCAGUCAGACCUUCUCCCUUUCCUCCCUUUCCACCUCCUACUUUCCUCUUCCUCUGUAUGUUCCUGUUGUUUCUUGACCUCUAUUCCCUUCACAACCCCACGGUGCGUGUUAGUCCCCUCAACUCAAUUAAAUUCAAUUCUCUCUCUUUAUCUCUCUACCCUCUACCUCCUCUCUCUGUAACCAUUACCUCUCCCCCAACACCCCAGUGACCCAACCUGUUCUGUUCCUCCUCAGUCUCCCUUGUUUAUUAACCUGAGACAGAGAGUCAAAACAGAACCAUAUUCUCUCUUCUUUACAUCUCUCUCCCUCACUUUCUCUUUGUCUCUCUCUUUAUCUCCCCCCUUCUCCCAGUUCAUCUAAGGAAAUGUAAUGUGACUUUCUAUAUGUUGAUGUGAACAUUGUUCAGCAGCUGUUGUCUAUCAGUGACGUCAGGGUCAGAGAUGCAAUAAUUUUGGGGGGAUAUAUAGGCGGGAAUGCCUAGUGAUGUCAGUGCAUUCCCAGCUAGUACAUUUGGUUCCUUGGAAGUUGUGGGAACGUACAUUUUUGGCUUCCCACAGGUUCUGGGAACGAAGCCAUAAGUUUCCUGACCAGUAAAACUGAACGUUUUUUUAACUUUCUGAGAAUGGAAGUGAUAAUUUUGCCUGUUCUGGGAACGUACAUUUUUAGGUUGCAGGGAGGUUCUGAGAACAUUUUACUAUGGUUCCCUGAAAGUUUUUCUGCGAGGUUUUAUUAACGUUCUGAGAAUGGAAAUUAUAAGUUAUUUGAAGAUAAUUAAAUAAUGUUCUGAGAACAUUUUCUAAAUCUUGUGAAGGUUUUGAACGAAAUUGUGUAAUGUUAGAGUUUUUUUUAACAACUUCCUUAAACUUUCCCUGAAUGUUUCAACAAGACUUUCAAUAACACUGCUUUCUUAGUUUGGGUUAACUGUUUUGAACUCCAAGCACAGAUAGGACACAUGGAAAUUCAUUUGCUUAGGCAUUAACCAUGCAAACACAUAAAUUUUUUAUUAUGGCAUGGUCGUCAGUGAGAUUCUAACCUAUGAUCUUCUGUUCUCUAUAUUCUGUUCUGCACCAUCAGGAUGGAGCUAGCGUGCCAUGUUUUUUAAAACUCAAACAAAGCUGUUCAUUUUAGUCUAUUCAAACAGACCUGUAAGGGUUGGUGUGAGGUGUGACCCAGGUGCGGUGCAGGAUAGACAGUAGGCAGUAGGCAGAGAUGGUGAAACAAGGAUCUUUACUGGUGGUCCCAAAACCAGGAUACAAAAUAACGGACUUGUCAUGAUAAAAUAAAGGAGGAGAAAAUUGGUCUCCAAAAACAGGCUGACAGCAAACAUACGAAAUACUAUCUACGACUGAAAACAACAAUGAAACACAGAGAACACUUCUCAAGUACCUGUACAUACGUCUUGCGAUCAGACACUGAUUAGUACUGUUUGGCAUAGAGAAACUAGCAAAGAAAACAGAGCAAGGGAACACAGGGAAGUGAGGGCAUAAAUACACAGGUGAACAGGUAGACACAGGUGACACCAAUAGGGUAAUAAUUAGUCCAGACUGUGAGUGUGGAGCUGCCUAAGGUUGUCGGAGGAUGACACCUAGUGGGUCGCUCCGGAACUGCAACCCCCUCCUGAAACAAGCACUCAAUUAAGAUCGGGUGUGGCCAAUUAAUGGGUCCGUCCAACACACCUGAAUACACUUAACAAUAUAGAGGAUAUAGAGAGUUUUGUUGAGGCUGAGAAAGGAAUGCAUAUAUUAAUGUUUUCUUGUGUUUUUUAUGGAACUUUUUCUUAAUGUUCUGAGAACAUUACUUUAAAUAGAACAAUGAGAACCUGCAGAAAAUGUUAUGCUAAAGUACUGAAAUUCCCACAGAAGAACGUUGUUUCUUAACAUUCUCUGAAUGUUCUGAGAACAUGACUUUAAAUAGAACCAUGAGGAAACCUGUAGAAAAUGUUAUGCUAAAUUAUUGAAAUUCCCACAGAAGAAUGUAGUUUCUUAACGUUUUCGGAACAUUUUGACAAUAUUCCCAAUGUACAAACAGUUGGAGAACGUUCCUAGAACAUUACCAAAAAUGUAAUUUGAUGUAACCAUGUUUGAACUUUUAGGAAACGUUCUGUUAAAGUAAUGAAAUACUAAGAAAAUAGCGUUAUUUUGUCAAGUUCCUUAAAUGUGCUGAGAAUGUUCCAAAGCCAAGCAAUAUCCUGCACCAUUCCCAGAAAGUUGUAGAAAGGUUGUACGCAAAAUAGGACAAUCAAGCUCUCACCAAGCUCUAAGAAACAUGGUCCUCAGAACAAUAUGUGCUAGCUGUGUUUUCUCUCUUUGUCAUCAGCUUAUAAGGCAGAAUCAAGUUUCAUGAUGGAAAAAUCUGUAUUAAUAGUUUUAAUAGCUCACGAUUGAAAGCAAUUCAAGCCAAUUCAACUGAAUUCGGUGGCUGGUGAUAUUUUUAUACUGUACUUAUCCAGGCCACUGACUGUUCCUCGAACUUGCUCACUAAUUUUGUCACUCACACACAUAAACUUUUCCUUUCUUUCGCUCCUCUCCUCUCUUCCUCAUCCUCUCUUCCAUCUUUUCACUAGGCUCAAUAAUCAGUGUAUUAAUCUGUUUAUAAACACAAAGUGAGAAAGACUGAAUAUGUUAUGGAAAUGUUUGGGAAAACGUGCUCGGAAACACACUCAGAGCCCUCAGAGAGAAUUUAGCAUCUCUCUGACUCCUAAACUACUGCAGCACAUAAACUCUUACUAAUUACCCAAUCGGUGUGUGUGUGUGUGUGUGUGUGUGUUUGUGUGUGUGUUUGUGUGUGUGUGUGUGUGUGUGUGUGUGUGUGUGUGUGUGUGAAGUCAUCACUGCCGGUAAGUGUAAAAAUAAACCUGAUACAGAGUAACUAAAAAGGAAAUGAUGGUGGUGAAGUGUGGUUGAGCUGGCGCUCCCUCGCUGGUCUCGUCAGUGUGAAAGCCUCUGCUGUGAGUUAGAUGGAACCAAGGGAGUUCCUCUGGGUCAGCUGCUCUUGAUGGAAUGUCAAGAUGAAGCAAUAGUCAGUGUGUUGUAUUCACUUAUUCACCACAGACUUUCCUAACGCACACCAACUGUUUAUGAUCAGGGCCUGGAGUUUUUCCUUUUCUUGACCGUCUGAUCCUGACCAGGCAGAAUUCCUGGCCCUACAUUGUAUCUAUGAUAGAUGACAUUUAGAGAACCCACUGGGCAUAGACGUCAGUUCAACGUCUAGUUUUGAUUUACAUUUGGUUGAGUUGGCAACUAACAUGAAUUCAAUGUGAAAUCAACAAAAAGGUUAAAAGUUGGGUGAAAAAAAUAUGAAAUUCCUUUAAAUUGAUGACUCAUUUCAAAUCCAAUCAGUUUUCCACGAUGAUUCAAUGUCAUCACAUAUAUUUUUUGGAUUGAAAUGACAUGGAAACAAUGUUGAUUCAACCAGGUCACAAAAACAAACAGUCCUGCUUUAUUUGGGUGUACCAGAUUAAGGAUCAUUAUCAGAUUAAAUUACUCAGGGUCAUGUGAACCAGAAUGAUGAUGUUCACUGUAUAAAACACAGUAUAAUCCCUCGCUUUCCAGUUUCUGUACCCAUUCGUGCCUAUAAGCAAAGUUAAUACUGAUCGGAUGGGAGAGGAUAGGAAAGGGUUAAAUUGUUCUAUAACAGAUUUAUAGUUUGGUGAAGAGAGCAGUGUGGACUGAGAGGUAUUUGCCUUGGCAGCUUUCCAACAGGAAGUUUAGAGCAGCUAGCCAUCGGAGCCAUUGCAGCCCAAAGGUCCACAGUUUACUGCAGUGGGGAUGACCUCAUCUAAAGGCCAACACACUAUCACAGCUUAUUGUGAAAUAGACACAAAUUACUUAUUUGAAAUUCAUAACAGGCAGGUGUAUUACACUAUUUUCAUCACAACGUAUUUUGUGUGUAUUACACAAUUUUCUUUCUUCAUAACGCAUUCGUGUACAUUACACAAAUUCCAAUGUGUUGUGGCUAACGUUAGCUAGGUGGCUAACAUUAGCUAGGCUAGCUAGGUGGCUAACAUUAGCUAGGCUAGGGGUUAAGAUUAAGGUUUUAAGGUUAGGUUUAGGGGUUAAGGUUAGGGUUAGGUAACAUGCUAGCUAAGUAGUUAAAGGGUUAAUGUUAAGGUUAGGGUCAGGAGUUAGGUUAAAUGGUUAAGGUUAGGGUUAGGGUUAGCUAACCUGCUAAGUAGUUGCAAAGUAGCUAAAAAGUAGUAAGUAGUUGCAAAGUUGCUAAUUGGCUAAAAUCCUCCAUGAUAAGAUUCGAACACACAACCUUCGAGUUGCUAGACAUUCGUGUUGUGCGCCGCCUACCCAUCCUCCCCGACUAACCUCCCUCCUAUCGUUUCUGUCUUAAGUAACCUACUGUCUUUAUCUGUGAUUGAAAUUCACAAAAUGUGCAGUUUUACAGCUAAUCUCCUGCUAUUUUGCCAUGAAGCUGAGAGAAAAUGUUGCGGUUUUAGAGCUCAGGGAUUCUUAAAAGACGGGACAAUCUCAAAUAUUUGUCGUAAUAGUAACAACAUUUGAAAUAUAUAUUUUGAUAGACCAAAGUAUUAGCUAUCAAACCAACCUCCUAAUUUAUAAUAAAAUGCAACUAACUGGAUUGAUGCCAACUCCGUCACACCAUAAAAGGCAUUUAAUUUGUACAAUUAUUAUUUAAAUCACAGACGGCUGUUGCAAGAAACUACAUACAAUCACAGAUUUGUCCUGUUUAAAAAAUAUAUAUAAAUGUUUUUAUUUUUUGUAAUACUACUAGCCCCCUAGCAAUUUUAUGAAGUUGGCUUUAGCUAGCCCAGAUAGGUUCCCAAUCUGCCAACCUCAUAACUAGCUACCAAGAAGCCAUUUAAGGCUAUCAAUCAAGUUUGUGUAGCUAGCUUGUAUAACUAUCUUAGCUGGCAUGCCUGCUGGCAAGGUUGGUAGACUUUAGAAAAGCAAGCAAUUACUAAAUGUAUUGAAUAAGACUCACACUUUAACCAGAUUUUAGCAAAAUAAAUACCUGUCAGGAGGAUACAGACAGCUCAAGAGGUAUGCUUAGAUGUGCAGAAAAAUAAACAUAUUUUUUACAUAGAAUUAAGCAUAAUGAUUAUGGCUUUAGAUUGCAGGAAAAAGCCCCCCUCCGGACGACCCCACAGACAUCCUCACAUACUUUGUGCCCCCUCAGAUUCUUUAGGUGCAUGAUACACCUGCAAUUUGUGUGUAUUUGGCGCGCUACAGUUAGUCCCUAAAGCUAAUGCUUAGGCUACCCACUAACGCCAGAUAAAAAUAAUGAAAGAAAAACCUGUAGCCUAUAGACAUGAAUUGCACAAGAAUUAUACAUUUAUGUUUUUUAAUGCAUUGUUUUCUCUUUAUUCAACACGCCCGCCACCCAACCGCCCUUCAGCCACACAAUAUUUCAUGACCCUAAGCCCGCCCGCCCGCCCGCACGGGUUAUAAGUCAUUGGUCUCUGACCCUGUUAUCAUACCCCACAUAUUUCCCAAGAGUUUUGGUUUGACUUUGGAGCCAAUUCAACUCUACCCAGCAUGGCUGAUCUAAAUAGCCCUUUGAAAAGGGACAUUUGUCACAUAUUUCCAUAGCUACUGUCUGUAGUAGGUAAACUUUAGGCCUACAUCUCUCCACUUGUGAGGAUCCAUGUGGUGUCAUUCUGUCGUGUAAGUAGGUGUACUGUUGCACCUAUCUCAAUAGAUAAGGGUUGUGCAUGGCCUGGCUGUAAGUGACCAUAGCCAUGUGUAGCUGUCUGCUGAGUAACACAGGGCUCUAUAUGGGUAGUAGUCCUGUCCUGCGCCAUCUUUCUCUUUAGACUGGGAAGACCCCACUUUACCAUGGCUGUCUGAGAGCAGGGCUCUACCUUAAGUAGGUCACAAAAGUGGAUCCCAUCUGUCUGUGUGUGUGUGUGUGUGUGUGUGUAUGUUGUGUACGUGCGUGCGUGCGUGUGUGACUGACCAGUUUCCAGCAGGAACAGAUAAGCCCUGUUGAUAUGCCCUGUUUCUGCAGUCAUGAGCCAGAUCACUCCUGUCCACAGCAGCCUGGUCCAUGGAGCUUUGCCAUUUGUGAAAUUCUAAUUCUCAAGACUAGGAUUCAGGAUUCAGGGGACGUGAGAAUGUAGGAUCAUUCAAUGCUUCAAUGUAAAUCAUGAUUGGAGAUGAUAACAAGUUCCUUCCCGAAAGAUUGACAGUACCACAGUAGCCAACAUGUUAUUAUUGUCUUUUAUCAGUUGAUUUGUCCCUGUCUGUCUAUCAUGAUGGUGAGGUCAAGUUUUAAUCCUGUAGAGAUUGAACCGUCUGGCUGCUGAUGUGCUGCAGGUCCUGAUGUAAGCAGUCACACACAGUCACUCAUGACAGAUACAGGCACUGGGCCAAUGGGAUUAGAAAAACACAGGCUACGUCCCAAAUGGCACCUUGUUCCCUAUAAAGUAGUGCACCAUGUAGGGAGUAGGGUGCCAUUUGGGACUCACCCACAGCACACAAACCCACAAGACCUCGCCCCGCCCCAUGAGCUGAGCUGUCGCUCAAUCAAUGGGAAAUCAAACCCACCACAACUGGAGAGCAGUGGUGUGAGAGAGACAUUCUCAGCAGACUGGGUACAGGAAGAUCAUGGCAGUCAGCCAGAGAGAGCUUUUGAUUGUUGCACAAAAGACAUACGCCUACUGGUCCAUACGGUGUGUGUGUGCUCGGGAACGCAUGUGUGUGUGCGAAUGUGUGUAAAUGCGUGCAUGCGCGUGACUAAUGUAAAUGGAACACUCUUUUUCAUCCCCCAGUUAUCCCUCUGCAGACCUACUAUUUCUAAACAUAUGUGAUUUGAUCUAUGUUAAGGCCUCUGCAUACCUUUACAUCACACAGAAACUCUAUAUAUAGAAGUGAGGGGAAAGUGGAAUAGUUUUUCUAUCUACUGUCUGCCUACAUAUGGAUAACAUCGAAUAGAAACUAUUCACACACAGUGGAGCUCUGAGUAUAGCCUAUAGGUGAUAAUGCAUGUUUAUGAAUUUAUCAUCAGUUGAUGAUAUAUUCUUUAGGACAUCACACAUAUACAUUUAACGAGCAAUCUUUUGAUGCAUUGCACUAGAGUUGGCAGUGGUACUCUUCAUAUAAAUAUAUAGAUGAACGUGUUAGAUAGGUGUGUCAAGAUGUAUUUAAGACUCCUCUGUGUACACCUGGAGUAGGGAAUACUAAAACAUUCUGACACACACACACACACACACACACACAAAUGCUGAUUAUGCAACGUAAGCAUCUCAAACAAACACCAUGAUCCCGGUCACUCGCUUCACCUAGGCUUCAGAAGUCACUACCAGCUCUAAGCGCCGCUAAAAGUCACCGCAUCUGAAAAAGGCGUGUGUGUGUGUGCUCAUCAUACUGUGUGUCAUGGAGUCAGGUGUUGGAGUCUCUCUCUGUCCUGGGGUUCCUUGUGGCUCUGUGACUCAAAGAGAGACUGGACAGGUUUCAGUGGUAUCAGAUGGUUCCAUCCACUGGCACUUCCCCACUCCUGUCACAUCUUUCCCUCUCACUCUCCUCUCUCCACUGAGCCUUUCUGACAUGCAGUGCUUUCGGAAAGUAUUCAGACCCCUUGACUUUUUCCACAUUUUGUUAUGUUACAGCCUUAUUCUAAAAUGGAUUCAAUAGUUUUCUCCCCUCAUCAAUCUACACACAAUACCUCAUAAUGACAAAGCAAAAACAGGUUUUUAAAAAUGUUUGCAAAUUUAUAGAAAAUGGAAAACUGAAAUAUCACAUUUAUAUAAGUAUUCAGACCCUUUACUCAGUACUUGGUUGAAGCACCUUUGGCAGUGAUUACAACCUUGAGUCUUCUUGGGUAUGACGCUACAAGCUUGGCACAUCUGUUUUUGGGGAGUUUCUCCCAUUCUUCUCUGCAGAUCCUCUCAAGCUCUGUCAGAUGGAUGGUGAGUGUCGCAGCACAGCUAUUUUCAGGUCUCUCCAGAGAUGUUCAAUCAGGUUCAAGUCCAGGCUCUGGCUGGACCCCUCAAGGACAUUCAGAGACUUGUCCCGAAGCCACUACUGUGUUGUCUUGGCUGUGUGUUUAGGGUCAUUGUCCUGUUGGAAGGUGAAUCUUUGCCCCAGUCUGAGGUCCUGAGCACUCUGGAGCAGGUUUUCAUCAAGGAUCUCUCUGUACAUUGCUCUGUUAAUCUUUCCCUCGAUCCUGACUAGUCUCCUGCUGCUGAAAAACAUCCCCACAACAUCAUGCUGCCAUCACCAUGCUUCACUGUAGGGAUGGUGCCAGGUUUCCUCCAGAGACCAAAGAGUUCCAUCUUGGUUUCAUCAGACCAGAGAAUCUUGUUCCUCAUGGUCUGAGAGUCCUUUAAGUGCCUUUUGGGAAACUCCAAGCGGGCUGUCAUGUGCCUUUUACUGAGGAGUGGCUUCCGUCUGGCCACGCUACCAUAAAGGCCUGAUUGGUGGAGUGCUGCAGAGAUGGUUGUCCUUCUGGAAGGUUCUCCCAUCUCCACAGAGGAACUCUGGAGCUCUGUCAGAGUGACUAUCAGGUUCUUGGUCACCUCCCUGACCCGAUUGCUCAGUUUGGCCGGGCGGCCAGCUCUAGGAAGAGUCUUGGUGGUUUCAAACUUCCUUCCUUAAAGAAUGAUUGGAGGCCACUGUGUUCUUGGCGACCUUCAAUGCUGCAGAGAUUUUUUGGUACCCUUCCCCAGAUCUGUGCCACGACACAAUCCUGUCUCAGAGCUCUAUGGACAAUUCCUUUGACCUCAUGGCUUGGUUUUUGCUCUGACAUGCACUGUCAACAGUGGGACCUUAUAUAGACAGGUGUGUGCCUUUCCAAAUAAUGUCCAAUCAAUUGAAUUUACCACAGUUGGACUCCAAUCAAGUUGUAGAAACAUCUCAAGGAUGAUCAAUGGAAACAGGAUGCACCUGAGCUCAAUUUCGAGUCUCAUAGCAAAGGGUCUGAAUAAUUGUCAUUAUGGGGUAUUAUUUGUAGAUUGAAGAGGGAAGAAAUUAUUGAAUCAAAUUUAGAAUAAGACUGUAACGUAACAAAAUGUGGAAAAAUAAUACUUUCCGAAUGCACUGUACAUGGGCCACAUUCUCACUUUCCCCCAAUUUUACAAAUGUUCCUACUCAGUGAAACUCUCUGUAAAAUCACUAGUCUAGAAUACUAUUUGGUGACUCCAAGGUUGAGUGUGGGGCGAGGACAGAUCAAACUGAAUUAACAAAAUGACCCCUUCCUCCCCUCUGUAACCACCCCCCCCCCCCCCAUUAUAGAAAUGAGUUUGUGUUGUUCACAGCAGCACGGCAGCAAAUUGCUAGAUGACAAAUUACUUUAAUUACAAUGGCCCAUCUGAGUUCUGGGUCUAAAAUUGAUGGCUGUACUUUCCUGGGAUUUAGAAGACUAAAUAAACCCUUGCUCACUAGAAUAAUGUCAUAAAUCCAUAGAAUGAAUGCUUCAAUCUACAGUUGUGGUCAAAAGUUUGGAGAAUGACACAAAUACUAAUCUUCACAAAGUCUGCUGCCUCAGUUUUGAUGAUGGCAAUUUGCAUAUACUCCAGAAUGUCAUGAAGAGUGAUCAGAUGAAUUGCAAUUAAUUGCAAAGUCCCUCUUUGCCAUGAAAAUGAACGUAAUCCCCUCAGAAAAUUUUCACUGCAUUUCAGCCCUGCCACAAAAGGACCAGCUGCCAUCAUGUCAGUGAUUCUCUCGUUAACACAGGUGAGAGUGUUGAUGAGGACAAGGCUGGAGAUCAAUCUCAAAUCAAAUCAAAUCAAAUCAAAUCAAAUCAAAUCAAAUCUUAUUGGUCACAUGCGCCGAAUACAACAGGUGCAGACAUUACAGUGAAAUGCUUACUUACAGCCCUUAACCAACAGUGCAUUUAUUUUAAACAAAAAAAGUAAGAAUAAAACAACAACAAAAAAAGUGUUGAGAAAAAAAGAGCAGAAGUAAAAUAAAGUGACAGUAGGGAGGCUAUAUAUACAGUAAAAUAAAGUGACAGUAGGGAGGCUAUAUAUACAGGGGGGUACCGUUGCAGAGGCAAUGUGCGGGGGCACCGGCUAGUUGAGGUAGUUGAGGUAAUAUGUACAUGUGGGUAGAGUUAAAGUGACUAUGCAUAAAUACUUAACAGAGUAGCAGCAGCGUAAAAAGGAUGGGGUGGGGGGGCAGUGCAAAUAGUCCGGGUAGCCAUGAUUAGCUGUUCAGGAGUCUUAUGGCUUGGGGGUAGAAGCUGUUGAGAAGUCUUUUGGACCUAGACUUGGCACUCCGGUACCGCUUGCCGUGCGGUAGCAGAGAGAACAGUCUAUGACUAGGGUGGCUGGAGUCUUUGACAAUUUUGAGGGCCUUCCUCUGACACCGCCUGGUAUAGAGGUCCUGGAUGGCAGGAAGCUUUGCCCCAGUGAUGUACUGGGCCGUACGCACUACCCUCUGUAGUGCCUUGCGGUCAGAGGCCAAGCAGUUGCCAUACCAGGCGGUGAUGCAACCAGUCAGGAUGCUCUCGAUGGUGCAGCUGUAGAAUUUUUUGAGGAUCUGAGGACCCAUGCCAAAUCUUUUUAGUCUCCUGAGGGGGAAUAGGCUUUGUCGUGCCCUCUUCACGACUGUCUUGGUGUGUUUGGACCAUGAUAGUUCGUUGGUGAUGUGGACACCAAGGAACUUGAAGCUCUCAACCUGUUCCACUACAGCCCCGUCGAUGAGAAUGGGGGCGUGCUCAGUCCUCUUUUUUUUCCUGUAGUCCACAAUCAUCUCCUUUGUCUUGGUCACGUUGAGGGAGAGGUUGUUGUCCUGGCACCACACGGCCAGAUCUCUGACCUCCUCCCUAUAGGCUGUCUCAUCGUUGUCGGUGAUCAGGCCUACCACUGUUGUGUCAUCGGCAAACUUAAUGAUGGUGUUGGAGUCGUGCCUGGCCAUGCAGUCAUGGGUGAACAGAGAGUACAGGAGGGGACUGAGCACGCACCCCUGAGGGGCCCCCGUGUUGAGGAUCAGUGUGGCAGAUGUGUUGUUACCUACCCUUACCACCUGGGGGCGGCCCGUCAGGAAGUCCAGGAUCCAGUUGCAGAGGGAGGUGUUUAGUCCCAGGAUCCUUAGCUUAGUGAUGAGCUUAGAGGGCACUAUGGUGUUGAAUGCUGAGCUGUAGUCAAUGAAUAGCAUUCUCACGUAGGUGUUCCUCUUGUCCAGGUGGGAAAGGGCAGUGUGGAGUGCGAUAGAGAUUGCAUCAUCUGUGGAUCUGUUGGGGCGGUAUGCAAAUUGGAGUGGGUCUAGGGUUUCUGGGAUUAUGCUGUUGAUGUGAGCCAUGACCAGUCUUUCAAAGCACUUCAUGGCUACAGACGUCAGUGCUACGGGUCGGUAGUCAUUUAGGCAGGUUAUCUUAGAGUUCUUGGGCACGGGGACUAUGGUGGUCUGCUUGAAACAUGUUGGUAUUACAGACUCAGUCAGGGACAUGUUGAAAAUGUCAGUGAAGACACUUGCCAGUUGGUCAGCACAUGCUCGGAGUACACGUCCUGGUAAUCCGUCUGGCCCUGCGGCCUUGUGAAUGUUGACCUGCUUAAAAGUCUUACUCACAUCGGCUACGGAGAGCGUGAUCACAUAGUCAUCCGGAACAGCUGGUGCUCUCAUGCAUGCUUCAGUGUUGCUUGCCUCGAAGCGAGCAUAGUAGUGGUUUAGCUCGUCUGGUAGGCUUGUGUCACUGGGCAGCUCGCGGCUGUGCUUCCCUUUGUAGUCUGUAAUAGUUUUCAAGCCCUGCCACAUCCGACGAGCGUCAGAGCCAGUGUAGUAUGAUUCAAUCUUAGACCUGUAUUGACUCUUUGCCUGUUUGAUGGUUCGUCGGAGGUCAUAGCGGGAUUUCUUAUAAGCGUCCGGGUUAGAGUCCCGUUCCUUGAAAGCGGCAGCUCUACCCUUUAGCUCAGUGCGGAUGUUUCCUGUAAUCCAUGGCUUCUGGUUGGGGUAUGUACGUACGGUCACUGUGGGGACGACAUCAUCGAUGCACUUAUUGAUGAAGCCAGUGACUGAUGUGGUGUACUCCUCAAUGCUGUCUGAAGAAUCCCGGAACAUGUUCCAGUCUGUGCUAGCAAAACAGUCCUGUAGCUUAGCAUCUGCGUCAUCUGACCACUUUUUUAUUAACCGAAUCACUGGUGCUUCCUGCUUCAGUUUUUGCUUAUAAGCAGGAAUCAGGAGGAUAGAGUUAUGGUCAGAUUUGCCAAAUGGAGGGCGAGGGAGAGCUUUGUAUGCGUCUCUGUGUUUGGAGUAAAGGUGGUCUAGAGUUUUUUUCCCUCUGGUUGCACAUUUAACAUGCUGGUAGAAAUUAGGUAGAACGGAUUUAAGUUUCCCUGCAUUAAAGUCCCCGGCCACUAGGAGCGCUGCAUCUGGAUGAGCGUUUUCCUGUUGAUUAAUGGCCUUGUACAACUCAUUCAGAGCAAUCUUAAUGCCAGCAUUGGUUUGUGGUGGUAAAUAGACAGCUAUGAAAAAUAUAGAUGAAAACUCUCUUGGUAAAUAGUGUGGUCUACAGCUUAUCAUAAGAUACUCUACCUCAGGCGAGCAAAACCUCGAGACUUCCUUAGUAUUUGAUUUUGUGCACCAGCUGUUGUUUACAAAUAUACACAGACCGCCGCCCCUUGUCUUACCAGAGUCAGACGUUCUGUCCUGCCGAUGUAGCGUAUAGCCUGCUAGCUGAAUGUUAUCAUUGUUGUCGUUCAGCCACGACUCCGUGAAACAUAAGAUAUUACAGUUUUUAAUGUCCCGUUGGUAGGAUAACCGUAAUCUUAACUCGUCCAUUUUAUUCUCAAAAGAUUGAACGUUGGCUAGUAGGAUUGAUGGGAGAGGCAGUUUACUCGCUCGCCGUCGGAUCCUUACAAUGCACCCGGAUCUGCGUCCGCGAUAUCUCCGUCUCUUCCUCACGCGAAUGACGGGGAUCUGGGCCUUGUCGGGUGUCUGUAGGAUAUCCUUCGCGACCGCCUCGUUGAAGAAAAAAUCUUCGUCCAAUGCGAGGUGAGUAAUCGCUGUCCUGAUAUCCAGAAGCUCUUUUUGGUUAUAAGAGACGAUGGCAGAAACAUUAUGUACAAAAUAAAUUACAAAUAACGCGGAAAAACACACAUAAUAGUACAAUUGGUUAGAGGGCUGUAAAACGGCAGCCAUCUUCCCGGCGCUGUUCUUCUGUCGGUCUGUCAUGCUGAUUGAGUUAGAAUAACAGACUGGAAGCUUUAAAAGGAGGGUGGUGCUUGAAAUCAUUGUUCUUCCUCUGUUAACCAUGGUUACCUGCAAGGAAACACGUGCCGUCAUCAUUGCUUUGCACAAAAAGGCUUCACAGGCAAGGAUAUUGCUGCUAGUAAGAUUGCACCUAAAUCAACCAUUUUUCGGAUCAUCGAGAACCUCAAGGAGAGAGGUUCAACUGUUGUGAAGAAGGCAUCAGGGCGCCCAAGAAAGUCCAGCAAGCGCCAGGACCGUCUCCUAAAGUUGAUUCAGCUGCGGGAUCGGGCACCACCAGUGCAGAGCUUGCUCAGGAAUGGCAGCAGGCAGGUGUGAGUGCAUCUGCACGCACAGUGAGGUGAACACUUUUGGAGGAUGGCCUGGUGUCAAGAAGGGCAGCAAAGAAGCCACUUCUCUCCAGGAAAAACAUCAGGGACAGACUGAUAUUCUGCAAAAGGUGCAGGGAUUGGACUGCUGAGGACUGGGGUAAAGUCAUUUUCUCUGAUGAAUCCCCUUUCUGAUUGUUUGGGACAUCCGGAAAACACCUUGUCCGGAGAAGACAAGGUGAGCGCUACCAUCAGUCCUGUGUCAUGCCAACAGUAAAGCAUCCUGAGACCAUUCAUGUGUGGGGUUGCUUCUCAGCCAAGGGAGUGGGCUCACUCACAAUUUUGCCUAAGAACACAGCCAUGAAUAAAGAAUGGUACCAACACAUCCUCCGAGGGCAACUUCUCCCAACCAUACAAGGAUAGUUUGGUGAUGACCAAUGCCUUUUCCAGCAUGAUGGAGCACCUUGCCAUAAGGCAAAAGUGAUAACUAAGUGGCUCGGGAACAAAACAUCGAAAUUUUGGGUCCAUGGCCAGGAAACUCCCCAGACCUUAAUCCCAUUGAGAACUUGCGGUCGAUCCUCAAGAGGCAGGUGGACAAACAAAAACCCACAAAUUCUGACAAACUGCAAGCAUUGAUUAUGCAAGAAUGGGCUGCCAUCAGUCAGGAUGUGGCCCAGAAGUUAAUUGACAGCAUGCCAGGGUGGAUUGCAGAGGUCUUGAAAAAGAAGGGUCAACACUGCAAAUAUUGACUCUUUGCAUAAACUUUAUGUAAUUGUCAAUAAAAGCCUUUUACACUUAUGGAAUGGUUGUAAUUAUACUUCAGUAUACCAUAGUAACAUCUGACAAAAAUAUCUCAUAACACUGAAGCAGCGAACUUUGUGAAGACCAAUACUUGUGUCAUUCUCAACUUUUGACCACGACUGUAGUUGACAUCGGUAAACUUUUCUCUGUCAUCUCUGCUUCUUUCGCAUAGUAAAAACAUCUGCUUUAUAAUAAAGUAUUAGCAGGCUAACAAUAAAAUACAAUUCCUAAUGUGACGAUUAGCCUAAGCAUAGGACAAGAUUCGGUAACAGUAGUCACUGUAGCCAAAAUUAUAUACAGUGAGCUCCAAACGUAUUGGGACAGUGACACAUUUUUGUUGUUGUUUUGGUUCUGCAUUCCAGCACUUUGGAUUUAAAAUGAUACAAUGAGGUUAAAGUGCAGUGUAGUUUAAUACACACACAACACACACACACGUCGGGAAAUUGAUAGGUCUGCCAAGCUAUCAAUCAAUCAAAUGUAUUUAUAAAGCCCUUUUACAUUAGCAGAUUAUACAGAAACCCAGCCUAAAACCCCAAAGAGCAAGCAAUGUAGAUGUAGAAGCAUGGAUGCUAGGAAAAACUCCCUUGAAAGGCAGGAACCUAGGAAGAAACCUAGAGAGGAACCAGGCUCUGAGGGGUGGCCAGUCCUCUUCUGGCUGUGCCGGGUGGAGAUUAAAUGAGUUCAUGGCCAUUAAGGCCAGAUCAUUCUUCAAGAUGUUCAAAAGUUAUUAGAUGACCCGCAGGGUCAAAAUGAGCGCUGCAAGAUAAAAACAAACGAGACCACCUCACUAACUCGCUAUGUGGACACAGUAAGGAGGGAGGGAGGGAGGGAGGGGGGAUGUAGGAGGUAGUUGGAGGUCUUGAGUCGGGUAUAGAGAGAGAGAGAUGGAGAGGUAGAGAUCGAUAUCUAUUCUAGAGCUCUCUCUCUUGAGCGCUCUCCUCCUCUCUCUCUUCUCUCUCAGCUCUCUCUCUCUAUCUCUUUCCUCUCUCUCUAUCUGCUCUCUCUCGCUCUCUGGCGAGCUCUCCUACUCUCUCUCUCAUAUCGCUCUCGUCUCUCUACUCUCUCUUCUCUCUUCUCUCCCUCCUUAGAAGAGAGAGAGAGCCAACAACCAACAAAAAUGGGUCACAACUCCUGCAGCUCUGUCGCACACUGGGUAUGUACAUAGUCAAUGGUAGGCUUCAAGGGGACUCCUAUGGUAGGUACACCUAUUGGCAGUAGACUACUUUAUCACUGACCUCAACCCAGAUUCUCUCCGAGCGUUCACAGUCAGCCCACUGACACCCCUAUCAGACCACAGCAAAAUCACAGUCUACUUGAACAGAGCAAUACUCAAUCAUGAGGCAUCAAACCAAAGGAACUGAAUAAUAUUAAGAAAUACUAUAGAUGGAAGGAAAGUAGUGUCGAAACCUACUAAAAAACUAUUAGGCAACAAGAAAUUCAAUCCCUUUUAGACAACUUCCUGGACAAAACGUUCCACUGUAAUAGUGAAGGUGUAAACUUGGCAGUAGAAAACCUAAACAGUAUAUUUGACCUCUCAGCUUCCCUAUCAAAUCUAAAAAUCUCGAAUAGAAAACCGAAGAAAAGUAACAACAGUGACAAAUGGUUUGCAAAAACCUAAGAAAGAAAUUGAGAAACCUAUCCAACCAAAAACAUAGAGACCCAGAAAACCUGAGCCUACGCCUCCACUAUGGUGAAUCACUAAAACAAUACAGAAAUACACUACGGAAAAAGAAGGAACAGCAUGUCAGAAAUCAGCUCAAUGUAAUUGAAGAAUCCAUAGACUCUAACCACUUCUGGGAAAAUUGGAACACACCAAACAAACAACAACACGAAGAGCUAUCUAUCCAAAAUGGCAAUGUAUGGGUAAAUCACUUCUCCAAUCUUUUUGGACCUAUAACAAAGAACAAACAGCAAAGAAAUAUACAUGAUCAAAUGCAAAUCUUAGAAUCAACUAUUAAAGACUACCAGAACCCACUGGAUUCUCCAAUUACAUUUAAUUAACUACAGGAGAAAAUACAAACCCUCCCAACCCAAAAAGGCCUGUGGUGUUGAUGGUGUCCUCAAUGAAAUGAUAAAAUAUACAGACAACAAAUUCCAAUUGGCUAUACUUAAACUCUUUAACAUCAUCCUUAGCUCUGGCAUCUUUCCCAAUAUUUGGAACCAAGGACUGAUCACCCCAAUCCACAAAGGUGGAGACAAAUUUGACCCCAAUAACUACAGUGGGAUAUGCGUCAACAGCAACCUUGGGAAAAUCCUCUGCAUUAUCAUUAACAGCAGACUAGUUCAUUUCCUCAGUGAAAACAAUGUACUGAGCAAAUGUCAAAUUGUUUUUUUUAACCAAAUUACCGUACGACGGACCACGUAUUCACCCUGCACACCCUAAUUGACAAACAAACAAACAAAGGCAAAGUCUUCUCAUGCUUUGUUGAUUUCAAAAAAGCUUUUGACUCAAUUUGACAUGAGGGUCUGCUAUACAAAUUGAUGGAAAGUGGGGUUGGGAGAAAGACAUACGACAUUAUAAAAUCCAUGUACACAAACAACAAGUGUGCAGUUAAAAUUGGCAAAAAACACACACAUUUCUUUCCACAGGGCCGUGGGGUGAGACAGGGAUGCAGUUUAAGCCCCACCCUCUUCAACAUAUAUAUCAACGAAUUGGCGAGGGCACUAGAACAGUCUACAGCACCCAGCUUCACCCUACUAGAAUCUGAAGUCAAAUGACUACUGUUUGCUGGUGCUUCUGUCACCAACCAAGGAGGGCCUACAGCAGCACCUAGCUCUUCUGCAAAGAUUCUGUCAGACCUGGGCCCUGACAGUAAAUCUCAGUAAGACAAAAAUAAUGGUGAUCCAAAAAAGGUCCAGUUGCCAGGACCACAAAUACAAAUUCCAUCUAGACACCAUUGCCCUAGAGUACACAAAAAACUAUACAUACCUUGGCCUAAACAUCAGCGCCACAGGUAACUUCCACAAAGCUGUGAACGAUCUGAGAGACAAGGCAAGAAGGGCCUUCUAUGCCAUCAAACGGAACAUAAAAUUUGAUAUACCAAUUAGGAUCUGGCUAAAAAUACUUGAAUCAGUUAUAAAACCCAUUGCCCUUUAUGGUUGUGAGGUCUGGGGUCCGCUCACCAACCAAGAAUUCACAAAAUAGGACAAACACCAAAUUGAGACUCUGCAUGCAGAAUUCUGCAAAAAUAUCCUCAGUGUACAACGAAAAACACCAAAUAAUGCAUGCUGUGCAGAAUUAGGCCGAUACCCGCUAAUUAUCAAAAUCCAGAAAAGAGACGUUAAAUUCUAUAACCACCUAAAAGGAAGCGAUUCCCAAACCUUCCAUAACAAAGCCAUCACCUACAGAGAGAUGAACUUGGAGAAGAGUCCCCUAAGCCAGCUGUUCCUGGGGCUCUGUUCAAAAACACAAACAGACCUCACAGAGCCCCAGGACAACAACAACAACACAAUUAGACCCAACCAAAUCAUGAGAAAACAAAGAGAAUUACUUGACACAUUGGAAAGAAUUAACAACAACAAAAAAUACAGAACAAACUAGAAAUCUAUUUGGCUCUAAACAGAGAGUACACAGUGGCAGAAUACCUGAUCACUGUGACUGACCCAAACUUAAGGAAAGCUUUGACUAUGUACAGACUCAGUGAGCAUAGCCUUGCUAUUGAGAAAGGCCGCCGUAGGCAGACCUGGCUCUCAAGAGAAGACAGGCUAUGUGGACACUGCCCACAAAAUGAGGUGGAAACUGAGCUGCACUUCCUAACCUCCUGCCAAAUAUAUGACCAUCUUAGAGACACAUAUUUCCCUCAGAUUACAGAGAUCCACAAAGAAUUCGAAAACAAACCCAAUUUUGAUGAACUCCCUUAUCUACUGGGUGAAAAACCACAGUGUGCCAUCACAGCAGCAAGAUUUGUGACCUGUUGCCACAAGAAAAGGGCAACCAGUGAAGAACAAACACCAUUGUAAAUACAACCCAUAUUUAUGUUUAUUUAUUUUUCCAUUUGUACUUUAACUAUUUGCACAUUGUUACAACACUGCAUACAGUUGAAGUCGGAAGUUUACAUACACCUUAGCCAAAUACAUUUAAACUCAGUUUUUCACAAUUCCUGACAUUUAAUCCUAGUAAAAAUUCCCUGUCUUAUGUCAGUUAGGCUUUUAUUUCUUUCAUCACAUUCUCAGUGGGUCAGAAGUUUACAUACACUCAAUUCGUAUUUGGUAGCAUUGCCUUUAAAUUGUUUAACUUGGGUCAAACGUUUCGGGUAGCCUUCCACAAGCUUCCCACAAUAAAUUGGGGGACUUUUGGCCCAUUCCUCCUGACAGAGCUGGUGUAACCGAGUCAGGUUUGUAGGCCUCCUUGCUCGCACACGCUUUUUCAGUUCUGCCCACAAAUGUUCUAUAGGAUUGAGGUCAGGGCUUUGAGAUGGCCACUCCAAUACCUUGACUUUGUUGUCCUUAAGCCAUUUUGCCACAACUUUGGAAGUAUGCUCGGGGUCAUUGUCCAUUUGGAAGACCCAUUUGCGACCAAGUUUUAACUUCCUGACUGAUGUCUUGAGAUGUUGCUUCAAUAUAUCCACAUAAUUUUCCUUCCUCAUGAUGCCAUCUAUUUUGUGAAGUGCACCAGUCCCUCCCGCAGCAAAGCACCCCCACAGCAUGAUGCUGCCACCCCCGUGCUUCACGGUUGGGAUGGUGUUCUUCGGCUUGCAAGCAUCCCCCUUUCCCUCCAAACAUAACGAUGGUCAUUAUGGCCAAACUGUUAUUUUUUUGUUUCAUCAGACCAGAGGACAUUUCUCCAAAAAGUACGAUCUUUGUCCCCAUGUGCAGUUGCAAACCGUAGUCUGGCUUUUUUAUGGCGGUUUUGGAGCAGUGGCUUCUUCCUUGCUGAGCGGCCUUUCAGGUUAUGUCGAUAUAGGACUCGUUUUACUGUGGAUAUAGAUACUUUUGUACCUGUUUCCUCCAGCAACUUCACAAGGUCCUUUUCUGUUGUUCUGGGAUUGAUUUGCACUUUUCGCACCAAAGUACGUUCAUCUCUAGGAGACAGAAAGCGUCUCCUUCCUGAGUGGUAUGACGGCCGCGUGGUCCUAUGGUGUUUAUAAUUGCAUACUAUUGUUUGUACAGAUGAACGUAGUAUCUUCAGGCGUUUGGAAAUUGCUCCCAAGGACGAACCAGACUUGUGGAGGUCUACAAAUUUGGCUGAUGUAUUUUGAUUUUCCCAUGAUGUCAAGCAAAGAGGCACUGAGUUUGAAGGUAGGCCUUGAAAUACAUCCACAGGUACACCUCCAAUUAAUAAUAAUAAAUAAUAUGCCAUUUAGCAGACGCUUUCAUCCAAAGCGACUUACAGUCAUGUGUGCAUACAUUUUUACGUAUGGGUGGUCCCGGGGAUCGAACCCACUACCCUGGCGUUACAAGCGCCAUGCUCUACCAAUUGAGCUACAGAGGACCAUCAAUUGACUCAAAUGAUGUCAAUUAGCCUAUCAUUAGCUUCUAAUGCCAUGACAUCAUUUUUUGGAAUUUUCCAAGCUGUUUAAAGGCACAGUCAACUUAGUGUAUGUAAACUUCUGACCCACUGGAAUUGUGAUACAGUGAAUUAUAAGUGAAAUAAUCUGUCUGUAAACAAAUGUUGGAAAAAUUACUUGUGUCAUGCACAAAAUAGAUGUCCUAACUGACUUGCCAAAACUAUCGUUUGUUAACAAGAAAUUUGUGGAGUGGUUAAAAAACGAGUUUUAAUGACUAAGUGUAUGUAAACUUCCGACUUCAACUGUAUAUACAUAAUAUUGCAUUUGAAAUUUAUUUAUUAUUUUGGAACUUCUGAGUGUAAUGUUUACUGUUAAUAUUUAUUGUUUAUUUCACUUUUGUUUACUAUCUACUUCACUUGCUUUGGCAAUGUUAACAUAUGUUUCCCAUACCAAUAAAGCCCUUAAAUUGAAUUGAAUUGAGAGAGAGAGGAGGGUGGAGGGGGGGAAGGAACGAGACAGAGGAAAGGAAAGACAGGGGGAUGCAGGGGAUAGUGUGGGAGAGAAAUAAAAAAUAGUAGGUGAGAGAAAGAUUUAUAACUGUAAUUGUGCUGAGCGCUUCUUGUUUACCAAAGCCAGUUGACUGGUACAGACAGACAGCAGGUUACAGAGCCAGAUCAGUGUGAGAGACAGACAGAUACUGAGAUGGAUGGCUUUUUUACACACUGAUAUUGCACAUUUAAGCAUUAUAGAGAACGAUGGUUGGCCAGUUAGCCUCAGUACAUGGAGAAGAUAAUAUGGAUAUUUAUCUAGUGGCCCACAGAGUGCAUUUGGGCACAGUGUGUGUGUGUGUGUGUGUGUGUGUUAUAUCAUGGUGUGUGUCGACAAGUCAUUAUGGGGCUUUCCGGAUGGGAAUCACAGGGUGGGGGUGAGGGGUCUCAAGGAGAGGACAUCUGUUUUAAUUAAAGGACUUCCUAAAGAUACAGUGAGCACCAUAUGUAUUGGGACAGUGACACAUGUUUUGUUGUUUUGGCUCUGUACUCCUGCACUUUGGAUUUGAAAUUAUACAAUGACUAUGAGGUUAAAGUGCUGUCAGCUUUAAUUUAUCAUCUUCAAUUUGAGGGUAUUUUCCUCCAUAUCGGGUGAACCGUUUAGAAAUUACAGCACUUUUUGUACAUAGUCCCCCCAUUUUAGGGGACCAAACGUAUUGCAACAAAUUCACUUAUACAGUACCAGUCAAAAGUUUGUAUAAACCUACUCAUUCCAGGGUUUUUCUUUAUUUUUACUAUUUUCUACAUUGUAGAAUAAUAGGGAAGACAUCAAAACAAUGAAAUAACACAUAUGGAAUCAUGUAGUAAACAAAAAAGUGUUAAACAAAUAAAAAUAUAUUUUAUAUGUGAGAUUCUUCAAAUAGCCACCCUUUGCCUUGAUGACAGCUUUGCACACGCUUGGCAUUCUCUCAACCAGCUUCACCUGGAAUGCUUUUCCAACAGUCUUGAAGGAGUUCCCACAUAUGCUAAGCACUUGUUAGCUGCUUUUCCUUCACUCCGCGGUCCGACUCAUCCCAAACCAUCUCAAUUGGGUUGAGGUUGGGGGAUUGUGGAGGCCAGGUCAUCUGAUGCAGCACUCCAUCACUCUCCUGCUUGGUAAAAUAACCCCCUUACACAGCCUGGAGGUGUGUUGGGUCAUUGUCCUGUUGAAAAACAUAUGAUAGUCCCACUAAGCCUAAACCCGAUGGAUGGUGUAUCGCUGUAGAAUGCUGUAGUAGCCAUGCUGGUUAAUUAAAUCACAGACAGUGUCACCAGCAAAGCACCCCCACACCAUAACACCUCCUCCUUCAUGCAUUACGGUGGGAAAUGCACAUGCGGAGAUCAUCCGUUCACCCACACCGUGUUGGCCUGAUUCACACAGUCUCCUCUGAACAGUUGAUGUUGAGAUGUGUCUGUUACUUGAACUCUGUGAAGCAUUUAUUUGGGCUGCAAUUUCUGAGGCUGGCAACUCUAAUGAACUUAUCCUCUGCAACAGAGUUAACUCUGGGUCUUCCAUUCCUGUGGUGGUCCUCAUGAGAGCCAGUUUCAUCAUAGCGCUUUCUGGUUUUUGUGACUGCACUUGAAGAAACUUUCAAAGUUCUUGAAAUGUUCCGUAUUGACUGACCUUCACGUCUUGAAGUAAUGAAGGACUGUUGUUUCUCUUUGCUUAUUUGAGCUGUUCUUGCCAUAAUAUGGACUAUUUUAGGCUUAUCUUCUAUAUACCCCUCCUACCUUGUCACAACACAACUGAUUGGCACAAACGCAUUAAGAAGGAAAGACAUUCCACAAAUUAACUUUUAAGAAGGCACACCUGUUAUUUGAAAUGCAUUCCAGGUUACUACGUCAUGAAACUGGUUGAGAGAAUACCAAGAGUGUGCAAAGCUGUCAUCAAGGCAAAGGGUGGCUAUUUGAAGAAUCUCAAAUAUAUAAUAUCUUUUUAUUUGUUUACACUUUUUUGGUUACUACAUGAUUCCAUAUGUGUUAUUUGAUUCUUUUGAUGUCUUCACUAUUAUUCUACAAUGUAGAUCCUGAGUGGCGCAGUGGUCUAAGGCACUGUAUCGCAGUGCUAGCUGUGCCACUAGAGAUCCUGGUUCGAAUCCAGGCGCUGUCUCAGCCGGCCGCGACCGGGAGACUCAUGGGCGGCGCACAAUUGGCCCAGCGUCGUCCAGGGUAGGGGAGGGAAUGGCCGGCAGGGAUGUAGCUCAGUUGAUAGAGCAUGGCGUUUGCAACACCAGGGUUGUGGGUUUGCAUCCCAAGGGGGGGCCAGUAUGAAUAAUAAUAUGUAUUCACUAACUGUAAGUCGCUCUGGAUAAGAGCGUCUGCUAAAAUGACUAAACAUGUAAAAAAAUGUAGAAAAUAGUAAAAAUUAAGAAAAACCCUGGAAUUAAUAGGUGUGUCCAAACUUUGACUGGUACUGUAUGUGUAGUAAAACGUUAAGUAUUUAGUCCCAUAUUCAUAGCAUGCUAUGACUACAUCAGGCUCGGGUCUCUACACAUUUUUGGAUGCUACCAUGAUUACGGAUAAUCCUGAAUGAAUCGUGAAUAAUGAUGAGUAAGAAAGUUAUAGACGCACAAAUAUCAUACCCCCAAGACAUGCUAACCUCUCACCAUUACAAUAACAGGGGAGGUUAGUAUUUUUUGGGGGGGACUCCAAAAUGACACAAUACAUUAUUUACCAUGAAUUUCUAUUGGGCACAAAAUAAUCUGAAACACAACCAAAAUAAACAGCAAACGAUUCCAACCAAUUUGUAGAGUCACAAGCUUGAUGUAGUUAUUGCGUGCUAUUAAUAUGGACCAAAUGCUUAACUUUUUACUACUUUAAUACACAUAUAAGUGAAUUUGUCCCAAUACCUGCUACGCUUGUGAGAAACAAGUUUUGGUUUAUUUCAUACCAUCAUUUACAAGUUUUAUUUUCUCCAAAUGUUUCAUUGUAUUUUGUUUGGAGUGCUUCAUGUGAGAAAUGAGCAUGUGUCUGUUUUCUCUGUCCUCUUAAUGUAGAUGCAACGUGCAUGCCUGAGCAUGCACAGAAGUAGGCUAACUGGCCUUCUGUGCGCAAAUGUAGGAAAGUACCCAUUUGGGGAUGUCUGAUUUCUUAUUGUCUUAACUCACCACCACUAAUAAGCUGAGCUUCUCAGUCAUUUUUUCUUCACCUCACACAGUAAGUCAACGAAGUCAAUAAAAAAUAAUAAUCCAUUGUCCUCACAGUAGGCUAGGCUAUUUGAAAAAUCUUUCCAACACUUAUCCCCUCGAUAAUCACCAGGCCAGCAAAAUGCCAUGCUCUGAGGAUCCCAUAUAUCCAGUGGAAACGUCAUAAAAUACCUGAACACAUUUCCCUUUGGGCAAAAGCAGCUGUGUCUGUCAUGAGCUCACUGGAAUAGGCUAGUUGAUACAAUGUUGCAAGUUUGCUAGCAACAGCUUCGGGCCAGACCUUCAUAUAUAGGUUAGAGACAUUGGGCCAGACCCUCACUCAGUUGAUUGAUUUGAUACAAUGUUGCACUUCACUAGCGAUAGCUCAAGUCAACGCAGAUAGAAAGGGAGGCAGACAGGCAGAAUAGAGAGAUGAAUGUGAUUGAAAGAACCUGGAUUUUCAUCAGGAUAUUUUCUGUUUUUAUUUGUUGGCUUUAUGUAUUUUUACUUAGUUGACAAUGGAAGUUAUAGGCCUACUGCUACAUUGGCCUAGGGCUAGGCUAUCUCUUAGUUCCAUGCUCUUCUUUCUUUAGCCAUUCAACCUCCGUUGCUCUCUGGAAGCAAACGGAGGAAGUGAGAAAGGGAAUAGCUUGAAAGCCAGGGACCUGUAAGACAUAGGGACCUGUAAGAUAUAGGCAAAAGCUGCAUUAGGAUGUAACAUCACUUUGGAGUCACCAGGCGCAAACUCCAAACAGGAAAGGUGUACUGAUAGCAUGUGGAGAUCCCCAAAGUGCUUGGCCGAUGCCAAGGCCAUGAGCAGAGCAGUAUUGUAGGAAAGGACCUUCAGCUCUACAGACUCCAGUGGUUCAAACGGAGGCUUAGACAGAGCAUCCAGGACCAAAGCCAGGUCCCAGGUCAGUGACAUAGGCUUAGACACUGGUCUGAGCGAAUGCACACCUUUCAGGAACUGCACCACCAGAGGAUGAGACCCCGGGGUAGAGUCAUCAAUCCCUACAUGACACGCCGAGAUGGCUGCCAUAUAAACCUUUAAUGUGAAAAAAGGACAUCCCUGCUCAAAAAGCUCUUGCAAGAACAUCAAAAUGCCCACCAAAGAGCUCUGAAAAGGAGAAACUCCUUUAACCUGACACCAACCCUCAAACGUGCAACACUUAUAUGUAUACAACCCUCUCGUAGAGGGCGCAUGCACAGACUAUAUAGUCGUAAUCACGUUUGAGGGUAAACCCCUAGCCGUCAAAUUAAACUUUUCAGGGGCCAAACCCACAGAUCCCAUAUCUGCGAUCGUGGGUGCCAAACUCUCCUGUGCGCCUGGAACAAUAGAUCCCGACGACAUGGACCCUCCACGGGUCCUCGCCCAACAGGCGGAUGAUCUCCGGGAACCAGGGUUGUCUGGGCUGACGGGGAGACACCAGAUUCAACAACAGAUGUUCCUGACGGACCCUCUCCAUGGUGUCCUGAAUCAGGCCCACCGGAGGAAACGCAUAGAGCAGGGUCCGAGGCCACUCAUAUGUCAAAGCAUCCGUUCCCAAUGGAACGCCCAGUUCCCUCAUUGAGAAGAACAGACAACAAUGCACGUUUUCUCGCGAUGAGUAAAGAUCUAUGUCGGCCCUGGCUAACCAGUCCAAUAUGCAGUCUCCACUCCGUAGAGAUAUGACCCCCCCCCCCCCCCCCCCCCCGAAAAGUAGAUCCGCACACACGCAGAGAGAUCCAGGAAGAUACAUCACCCUGAGCGACAGGAAAUGCGCACUGCCCAUUAAGAGCAGAUAACUGACCAGGUUUAGGAAAGAGAAACCCCAUCCCCACUGCCUGUUGAUGUACACCACCACUGUCCUGUUGUCGGACCUUACAAGGAGUCAACACCCUUAGGCACGACGGGGAUACCUUGAGCAACUGAUGUCAAUGGCGAGAUGUGUCCAGACGCGUAGCAAUCACCCAGCACUGAAACAGACGCUUCAACAGAAGUCCCAGAUGCACCACAGCUAUCAUAAAGGCCAUCAGACCCAAUAACUGCAGCCACAAAUAAAAAGGCACAGAGUACCCCAGCUGGAACUGUGCCAGACAGAGCUGGAAUGAGGCCCUCUUCUGUUGACAAAAACGCAUGAUACAGAACCAAGUCCAGAACAAGACCCAGAUACUGAAUGCGCUGAGCCAGAGUCAAACAACUUUUCUUGCGAUUCACUAUGAACCCGAGAGACUGAAUACGGGAAACAAGCGUGGCAGUGUGGAGCUCCACCUGUUCCCUCAACUCCGCUACUACCAGCCAAUCGUCCAGAUAAGCCAAUACUCUGAUCCCCUGGCACCGCACCGGUCCCAAAUCCGCCUCCACCACCAUAAAAAAGUAAUGAUUGGGAAACAAAGCUUCCUGAAGCAUUGAAAAUAGGUUCAUUACUCCAGGCUUUGAUCAGCACAGUGUACACUAGUGGCACAUGCUGGUCAAAAGUAUUUAGAGCAGCCAAAUUAUUAUAGAUGCUGUCCCACCAAUACCAAACCAAUAAGGUGGUUGUUCGAAAUUAUACAGGCAUCGGCACACUGCUUCGAAGUACACUGCUUAGCGAUUUAAACACAUGCCUCGGAGCUCCAGCAUCAAACGUAACUCUGGUCCUCCCGAAAGGCAGGACCAGAAACUUGUAGGCCACACCCUCGAAAUGAAACCUCAAUAACCUUCUGUGGGGAGGAUGUAUAACUAAAUGAAAAUGCGCAUCCUUCAGAUCUAUGGAUAUUUUGUGUCUGAAUAUGGGGAAGGGACAGUGUUUCUUAUGCCCACAUCUGGACGAUACCGUGCUCUCGAUACCCCUGAACACCGAUGAACCUUGGUUAGAAAUAAUGUGCAUUCGUGGUACCGCCAUUCCGAUACCCUGCCCACACCGGGUUUGGGGACUUCAGCAACCACUGACCAAGCCACUUCGGAGCACUGUUGCCCUUUUUGGCGAAACUGGUUCAUCCAAAUACAUCCGCCUGUCCCUCUCAGGAAUCAACCAGAGGUGGGGUUGAGCCACCACCGUCGCCAACAUACUUUUCCCCACAGCCAGGAUAGUACAGCAUAAAAUCAGCACGGAUUUCGUUGAGAAGCUCUAAAACUGGCUUCUCCAUCUCCACGGUCUUAUUCAGCUUCUGCAGCAUAGUGACCACAUUCAACGACCGGACCGCCACACCCUUAGCUUUGUACACUUUGUCCAGCUGAUCCGUUGAGAACCGGCACUGUGUAUUUGGAAGCACUGUGCUAGGAUUAGCCCCUUCAUAGCCUCUGGAGCUAAGUAACUCGCCAGCUUACAAAUGAGCCCUGCCUCCUCCAUAACCUCUACAUUCAUGAACUCGCCAAAACCUGAUAGCACCAGCCUGGCUGAAUGAGGGGAAUCCCCGAUCGCCUUUAGCUCAUUGGCGAAAUCUUUAAACAGGGGUGAGCAACGCUUUACUGCUGCAGGAAAAACCUUCCUCUAAAGCUGGAGGAACCUGCUGCAGGGGAGAAGACGGCCAAUCCACCCCCAGGUGAUCUGCCGCCCUAUGACACAGCUUCAUCAAAGGCGCAUUAACCACAAAUGGUUCACUCUUCCCAGCUGGGGCAUCCGAUUCACACUCUGAAAACCCUCCAGAGCCAACCAGGGAUAGUAUAUCAUCCCGGAACACUGAACACACCGGAAUGAGCCUCACUCGGCUGUGAUGACACCCCUAUCAACUCCAAUCACCUCUGCUGCUCUCCACCAGCCUCAGACAGCCCCAUUCCUGAGGUCGCCUCACCGGGAGACCUUUCGCCAGCAGCCUCAAUCUUCCUCACAAAGUCAGCCCGACGCCCAACGGAUGUUGAAUGCAGCCGGAGACAAUGGUCACACGAACUGGUCUGAGCCAAGGCCUCCAAAGCGUGUUUCCACCCCAGGCAAACAGGGCAGCACUCGUGAGUAUCUUUAAUUUUCAUUGUGAAAACACAUGCCCAAGGGCACGGUCAGAGGUUCAAACUCAUCUGGUUAGCCUUUUUGAACUUAGUCAUACCACUGGCCAUCUUACUCAAGCAAGGGAGCACUGGCUACACAAGCAGAGCAGAAAGUAGUUUUAAGCAUACACAAAAACUGAUACCAAGACCUAAAACUCACAACAUCUUGGGAGACGUGUACUUUCUCCCCACUAACAGACGCCUAAGUCGUAGCCAAAUCCCAUAGCCUUCGAGUGCUUGAAAAGGUGUAAAUUGAGUGACACAUUCUUCCUUUAGGCGAGCUGAAGAGGGAAGAAUUGAGGAAAUGUAUACGGCGCCCCGGUAUUAUAGCCAGGAAUGUGGAGCUUCCGAGGGCAGGCUCGGCAUCCAUUAGCCCGUUGGGCGUGAUUUAAUUUUGCUUCAGGUGAAUAGGAUUGGUCGUUGACUCCCCAUAGUAUGUUAUACUGAGUAACCAACUGAAAGGGAACUUUAGUAAUGUUCAGAGAACGUUCUAAGAAUGUUAUUUACUGUGCAUUCGGAAAGUAUUCAGACCCCUUGACCUUUUCCACAUUUCGUUACGUUACAGCCUUAUUCUAAAUUGAUUAAAUUGUUUUUUUCCCCCUCAUCAAUCUACACACAAUACCCCAUAAUGAAAAAGCAAAAACAGGUUUUUAGAAAGUUUAGCAAAUGUAUUAAAAAUUAAAAACUGAAAUAUUACAUUUACAUAACUAUUCAGAUCCUUUACUCAGUACUUUGUUGAAGCACCUUUGGCAGUGAUUACAGCCUCGUGUCUUCUUGGGUAUGAUGCUACAAGCUUGGCACACCUGUAUUUGGGAGGUUUCUCUGUCAGGUUGGAUGGGGAGUGUCACUGCACAGCUAUUUUCAGGUCCCUCCAGAGCUGUUUGAUUUGGUUCAAGUCCGGGCUCUGGCUGGGCCACUCAAGGACAUUCAGAGACUUGUCCCGAAGCCACUCCUACGUUGUCUUGGCUGUGUGCUUAGGGUCGUUGACCUGUUGUAAGGUGAACCUUCGCCCCAGUCUCUGGUCCUGAGCGCUCUGGAGCAGGUUUUCACCAAUGGUCUCUCUGUACUUUGCUCCGUUCAUUUUUCCCUCGAUCCUGACUAGUCUCCCAGUCCCUGCCGCUGAAAAACAUCCCCACAGCAUGAUGCUGCCACCACCAUGCUUCACCGUAGGGAUGGUGCCAGGUUUCCUCCAGACGUAACACUAGGCAUUCAGGCCAAAGAGUUCAAUCUUGGUUUUCAAUCAAGUUGUAGAAACAUCUCAAGGAUGAUCAAUGGAAACAGGAUGCACCUGAGCUAAAUUUCGAGUCUCUUAGCAAAGGGUCUGAAUACUUAUGUAAAUAAGGUAUUUCUGUUUUUUAUUUUAAAUACAUUUUCAAAAAAUUCUAAAAACCUGUUUUCACUUUGUCAUUAUGGGGUAUUGUGUGUAGAUUGAUGAGGAAAAAUGUUUAUUUAAUCAAUUUUAAAAUAAGGCUGUAACGUAACAAAAUGUGGAUGGGAAGGGGUUUGAAUACUUUCCGAAUGCACUGUAAAAACGUAUACAGUACAUUCUGUUCUCAACAUCAACAAACCUCUCUCUAGCCUCUAUCUUCUUAAGUGUGUUCAGGUGUGUUGGCCGCGCCCUCUAAUUGGCCACACCUGAUCUUAAUGUGUGCUUGUUUCCUUUGAAAUGGGGUCUGUUUGAAUAGACCAAAAUGUAUGUGUGUGUAAAAAAAAACUUGUAUUCUAGCUCCAUCAUGGUGAUGCAGUGGACUAAUUCCAUGGAUAGAAAACAGAAGAUUAUAGGUUCGAAUCUCACUGCUGUCGUGUCACAAUAAAAAAAUACAUGUGUUUGCAUGAUUAAUGCCUAAGGAAAUUAAUUUCCAUGUGUCCUGUCUGUGAUUGGAGUAAAACAAAUGUUAAACGAAAAUAAGCUAGCAGUGUUAUUAAAAUUAUCAUUGAAACAUUCAGUGAAAGUUUUAAGAAAGUUAUUAAAAAACCUCUAAAUAACCUAUAAUUUCCAUUCUCAGGAAAACUUUAAAGGAACCAGAGUAAAACGUUCUCAGAAUCUCCCUGCAUCCUAAAAAUAAAAGUUCACAGAACAGAUUAAAUGUCCACUUGAAAAAACGUUCAGUUUUAACGGUCAGGAAACGUAUGGCAUCGUUCCCACAACCAAAUUUGCUAACUGGGUAUGAAUUAAAAGUGAACAGUACCAGAGAAAUGGCCAUGUCAUUAAUGGUGUUACCGCCAAUGUGGUGUCUCCUAAAAAUGGCUGUGUCAUACUUCUAAACUGUAGAUCUCUGUCUCAGCUUUUCUCUGGGCCCCUGAUACCCAGUUUUUAUGAUCACAGCUUACAUCAAUGUGCUGAUGGUACAUAGUUAAAGUCUGGGAGGUGACCAAAGUGGCAGCAAAGAGACACAAAGAGCUUAAGCCACCGCUAAGAUCAGCAGAACAAAAUCAAACAUUAAUGUUGGGGCUUCCUAACCAGAGCAGUGUGUUUGAGAUCAUACUCUUUUCCAUAGUCUAAAGGCUUGUCACGCCCUGGCUCUGGGGACUCUAAUAUGUUGAGCCAGGGUGUGUAAAGUCUAUGUGUGUUGUUCUAGGUUUCAUUCUGGUAUUGUGGUUCUAUGUUGGCCAGUGUGGUUCUCAAUCAGAGGCAACGUGAUUCAGCUGUUGCUUGUUGUCUCUGAUUGAGAACCAUACUUUAGCAGCCUGUUUCCCCACAGAGUUUGUGGGAUCUUGUUUCUAGUUGGUAGUGUUAGACCGUGAACUGUCACGUUUUCGUUUUGGAUCGUGUCUCUAAUAAAGAGUAUGUUUGCCUGCAACGCUGCGCCUUGGUCCUCCUCUGUUCCCGACGAUCGUGACAGAAGAUCCCACCAAGACUGGACCAAGCAGCAAGUCCAGGAGCCAGCGCCUGAGAGAUCUCUAGCGGAUCUCCUUCGCCUCCUCGACUGGGUCAAGCCAUGUGAGGAAGAGAGAGGCUUGACGUGGAGGCAGAAGGGCGAAAGGCUGGCGAGGAGCAUGGAGACCUGGUCCACGGGUAGGAGUGAAGCCCAUAAAUUUUUUAGGGGGGGGCUAACGCCGUGGACGACGGGGCAGCAGGAGGCCGCCAGGUUACGGGAGUCACUGGUCACCAGGGGGAAGGAGGAUGUAGAGGCACGGCGAGAGGUACUGGCGUGUGUUGCCAGUCCGGUCCGGCCUGUUCCUGAUCCCCACGUAGGGCCAGUGGUGUGUGUUCCCAGUACGGUCCGGCCUGUUCCUGCCACUCGCACCAAGUCUACGGUGCGCAUCGCCAGCUCGGCCCGGCCUGUUCCUGCUCCCCGCACCAAGUCUGUGGUGCGCGUCGCCAGCCCAGUCCGGCCCAUUCCGUCUCCCCGCACCAAGUCAGUGGUGCGUUUCGUCAGCCCUGUCCGGCCCGUUCCUGCUCCCCGCACCAAGUCAGUGGUGCGCGUCGUCAGCCCGGUCCGGCCCAUUCCUGCUCCCCGCACCAAGUCAGUGGUGCGUUUCGUCAGCCCAGCUCGGCCCGUUCCUGCUCCCCGCACCAAGUCAGUGGUGCGCUUCGUCAGCCGGCAUGGCCCGUUCCUGCUCCCCGCACCAAGUCAGUGGUGCGCUUCGUCAGCCAGGUCCGGCCCGCUCCUGCUCCCCGCACCAAGUCAGUGGUGCGUUUCGUCAGCCCGGCUCGGCCCGCUCCUGCUCCCCACACCAAGCCAGUGGUGUGCGUCGUCAGUCCGGCACGGCCCGUGCCUGUUCCACCGGUGGCUGGUCCGGCACCGGUCAGAUGCUUCACGCCGGAGCUAGAGCAAUCCGCUCCACCAGUGUGCAGUCCAGCUCCGGCCAGCGGGGCCAGACCGGACCAGAGGUACUUUGGGGGGUUGGAGAGGGAGCGGGGAUCAGGCCCGGAGCCGGAUCCGCCGCCUAAGCGGAGUGCCCACCCGGUCCCUCCCCUGUGGUGUUUGGUGGGCGCGGUCGGAGUCCGCGCCUUUAGGGGGGGGUACUGUCAUGCCCUGGCUCUGGGGACUCUAAUAUAUUGAGCCAGGGUGUGUAAAGUCUAUGUGUGUUGUUCUAGGUUUCAUUCUGGUAUUGUGGUUCUAUGUUGGCCAGUGUGGUUCUCAAUCAGAGGCAACGUGAUUCAGCUGUUGCUUGUUGUCUCUGAUUGAGAACCAUACUUUAGCAGCCUGUUUCCCCACAGAGUUUGUGGGAUCUUGUUUCUAGUCGGUAGUGUUAGACCGUGAACUGUCACGUUUUCGUUUUGUCGUUUUUGAUCGUGUCUCUAAUAAAGAGUAUGUUUGCCUGCAACGCUGCGCCUUGGUCCUCCUCUGUUCCUGACGAUCGUGACAAGGCUUAGUGAGUGGAAUUCAUUCUGUGGUGUGAGUGAGUGACAACACUUAUAUUAGCUCACUAAUGGUACGCUAGAAGUACAGGAAACAAUGGUCAGGAUAGAGUGUGUGAUUAUGGCUGGCUUUGGCUGUCAUGAUUUACCUCAGCUGCUUUUACAUCACUACAAGACAGACAGACAGUGUCUCGGUCGGCUUGCUCUUGCUGACUGUGUGUCUUCUCAAGGCCUCAUUCGACUCCCAAGAAAACUCUUCCAUCUUGUCUUCCUCUCUAACUAUUUUACUGUGUGUUCGUCCCGCCAUCUCCUGCCUCUUAAUUCCUCUCUCUCUUCUUCCGCUUUGUACCUCUUCCUUUCCUCGUUUUCACUGUCAUUGCAAUGUCUCACUGGAAUCCAAAUAUACAGUGGGGUCAGCCAGUGUAUACCAUUCAGUAAACACCAACUCCUUACCCCCUGAGAGAGAAGACGGGGUGGGACGGGCUCAGCCCAGCACGGUAUGUGUUUAAAACUCAUAUCCACACUCUCUUUGAGGACAUAUACAGUAUGUGUUAACAUAAACCACCUCCAGUAUGUUUACCCUUUUCUCUCUGCAGACUCACUCCACACUCUUGUUCCUCCUCUUCCUGUCUCUCUCUCAGUGAUGAUAUCACAUCGGCAGGCUGAGUCGCUGGCCGUGUCAGCUGUCGCGUGUGAACUAUUUUUGGACGUCUAAUCAACAGCUCUCUCCAUAGCUUAGUUUAGAAUUCCUCCCACCACACAGAUAGCACUGUAGAUACACAUUGUCAGAGUCAAAGUAUCUUGUUCUUUCUGUUUUUCUUUGUACUGUGAAGUGAGUUUCCACCUGUGGAUUUGUUGAUUAAAUGUGGUUUAUUUCGACCCUCCCUGUGCUACAUUGGUAAAAAUACUUUAUCGGCUUAAAACAGGAAAUUUAAGCACAUUUUUGUGAGGUGGAAAGGCAAUACCACCUGAGAGCUCUGUAUGGGUUAGAAAGCUAUUUUAUUUUACAGUAAAUGGCCUGGUUGCUGUAGUAUUACAACUGGUACUGAGAAAUGGAGUACUGUUAAUACAUUAGUCUAUAAUUUCAAGGUAUUCUAAGGAAGUACCAAUAGAAAAUCCUGCGCUUAAAUCAAGUUGGACUAAAUGACCUCAAUAACUGAAUAACCAAAACCUCUCUCUCUCUCUCUGUAUCCCCUGUAGAGUCGUACUCGGUGGCGGGCAGUGAGGGCAGCAUCACUCCAUCCGUAGGCUCCGUGCCCCCCCAGGCCUCCGGCAGCUCCAGCCCCUGCUCUCCCUCCUCCCCUGGGGGGUCGCGGCACUCCGUCAGUGCCCUGAAGAAGUGGCUCACCAACCCUGUCCACAAGCUGAGCGUGGGGGGAGGAGAAGGAGUGGAAGGAGGAGGGGGAUGCAAGGAGGACAGGCUGGUCCACAGGCUGGAUGGGAAGCAUCCCUCUCCCCUCCUCCCUAACGGCCAAGCCCUUGUAAGGCCUCUGGAGCAGGGGGAGAACUACUCCAUCCUCCCCUGCACUGAUGGAGACUUGGUGAGGCAUUACUCUCUACUAUAGCCUUGGAAUCCACACAGAUGUUUCUAUCAAAUAUUUGUAUCAUAUCACUUCAGGACAAACCCCUGACUCCGAUGACUUAAUAUGAAUGCCCAAGUAACCUGAAUAUAUUACUUGUGUGUGUGUGCUCGUGUGUGUGUGUGUGUGUGUGUGUGUGUGUGUGUGUAUGUGUGUUAUGUUGUGUAUGUUGUGUGAUGUGCAGGGAAACUAUGGCCUGGUGAAUCCAGCGGCGUACUCUCCAGCACACCCCCUCUGCCACAGCUACCUAUCUGACCUACUACAGGACAGGGACACACACAAUAUGGUAAGGAUUACACACACACAAAUAGAGCAGACAGUGGACACUGGAGCCUUUUGUACCCCCGCACAUUGAUUCGGGACCGGUACCCCCUGUAUACAGCGCCUUUGGAAAGUAUUCAGACCCCUUGACUUUUUCCACAUUUUGUUACGUUACUGCCUUAUUCUAAAAUUGAUUAAAUCUACACACAAUACCCCAUAAUGACAAAGCAAAAACAGGUUUUUACACAUUUUUGCUAAUUUAUUAAAAAUAAAAAACUGAAAUAUCACAUUUACAUAAGUAUUCAGACCCUUUACUCAGUACUUUGUUUCCCUCGAUCCUGAUUAGUCUCCCAGUCCCUGCCACUGAAAAACAUCCCCACAGCAUGAUGCUGCCACCACCAUGCUUCACCGUAGGGAUGGUGCCAGGUUUCCUCCAGACGUAACGCUUGGCAUUCAGGCCAAAGAGUUCAAUCUUGGUUUCAUCAGACCAGAUAAUCUUGUUUCUCAUGGUCUGAGAGUCUUUAGGUGCCUUUUGGCAAACUCCAAGUUGGCUGUCAUGUGCCUUUUACUCUACCGUAAAGGCCUGACUGGUGGAGCGCUGCAGAGAUGGUUGUCCUUCUGGAAGUUUCUCCCAUCUCCCCAGAGGAACUCUAGAGCUCCGUCAGAAUGACCAUCGAGUUCUUGGUCACCUCCCUGACCAAGGCCCUUCUCCCCCGAUUGCUCAGUUUGGCCGGGCGGCCAGCUCUAGGAAGAGUCUUGGUGGUUCCAAACUUCUUCCAUUUAAGAAUGAUGGAGGCCACUGUGUUCUUGGGGACCUUCAAUGCUGUAGACAUUUUUUGGUACCCUUCCCCAGAUCUGUGCCUCGACACAAUCCUGUCUCUGAGCUCUAUGGACAAUGGGGAACAGAGGGCACAUAUAUACACACACUAAUCAGGGGGAAUGGGAACCAGGUGUGCGUAAUGAGACAAGACAGUCCGGGGUUGUUGGUAAUGAACUAGAUCAGUGACGCCUAGAAGGCCGGUGACAUAGACCUCUGGAGCUGGUGAAUGGAAUGAGCAGCAGUACCGGGGGAUCCGUGACAUAAGGCUGUAACGUAACAAAAUGUGGAAAAAGUCAAGGGGUCUGAAUACUUUCCGAAGGCACUGUAUAUAGCCUCGUUAUUGUUAUUUUAUUGUGUACCUUUUUUUCAUGUUUUCUUUUUACUUUUAGUUUAUUUAGUAAAUAUUUUCGGAAAUCCUAUUUUUCUUAACUGCAUUUUUGGUUAAGGGCUUGUACGUAAGCAUUUCACAGGAAGGUCUACACCUGUUGUAUUCGGCGUAUGUGACAAAUACAAUUAGAUUUUUGUUAGAGCUCUGUACUCAAAGGCUGAUUCUGUGUUGAUUGAGAGAACAGAGAGAUAUUACAGCUGUCAGAGCACUCAUUUCCCUGUUAGUCAAACACUGGCACUGAGGCUGAAACAACUCCCUUUAAAUAUCAAUAUUCAAUAAGCAGAGAGUGGGGGGAGGUGGAGAGAGAGAGAAAGCGGGAUGAGAGAGAGGGAGAGAGAGAGAGAGAGAGAGAGAGAGAAAGAAAGCAGGAACAAAAUAAAGAAAGAGAGGGAGAGAGAGAGAAAGAGAAUCCUGACCCACAGAGAAAGCAGAGGAGAAUUAACCAUAAAUAGACAUAAGGUCAGAAAACAGCAAGUCUUUCCUCAUGUAACCUGAGAUACCACUGUUGCUGGGCAACCACUUAUUGGUUAAUGCAAAAAUCCUGGAAAUUAGACCAUGAACAUUCAAACGGAGCACAUAAGCAAUGCUAGAGUCAUCAAACAAACCAGAGGAGUAUGCUAAAUUAGCAUAGCUAAUGUUUAUCAAACAUAACAGUUUCCCCCUCAAAUACACUGGGAAUGCUGUACAGUAUAUUCAGUGUAUCUGGCAGUUACUCCACUUCACCCAAACAUUACCUUCAAAGAACAACUUUGCCUUAUCAGUUAUUACACUCACAUGCACACAAACACACACACAAAUACACACACACACUCUCUCCCUCAAACAAUCAGGAGAAAACUCUCAACCAUCUGAAAUCUAAAGAACCUUUAAGAAAGCCCUGCGCAGUGGGAUUUUCCAGGCUGCAUCUGGAAGUGAUCAAGCAGCAAGGCAGUAGAUCAGCCCCGGACAGCCUACUGCCUCCACAGACUCACUGGGGAGCUGAAAACAGGGUCAGGGCUGGGGGUGGAGGGCUGGAGGGCUGGAGGGGUGGGUGGAGGUGGGUUAGUAGAGUAGAGGUCCGGGGAAGACUAGGGCGUGGGUGUUAGAGAAAGGGCUACAGGGUUAGGGAGCAGGGGUAGGGGUAGAGAGAGGUUGAGGGAGAAGUGAGUAAUGGGGGAUAAAAUAGAAACCUGGGAGGCUAUCAAGGGGAGGGAAGAGGGAGGUAGAGGGGGACUGGAAGUCAGAACAGGGUGUCUUGGGUGAGUCUAGGUCAGGCUUAGAGAGGCUGGAGAAUUCACGGGAAGGAAGGAGGGGGGGGGGCUGCUUUAGGAAGUGAUAGGGGGAAUGGCCAGGCUGGAAAUGUCUUCUCACUCCCUCCCUCCUCCUAACUCUUACUGAAACUCCAGAGUUUACACAACGGCACAUUCUAACCACUGAAACUCUCCAUGAGGGUCAAUAAAUAUGUAAAUCUUUAGGACUCCCAUCACAGCUCUGCCUUUACCUUUACCUCCCCUCCACGGUCAGAAGAGACGACCCUGAGCUGAGCUGCCAUGAACAGGCUACUUCACUAGGUCCAUCAGCUCUGCCAUCCCUUUAACAUAGAUUAGGUACUGGUGAAUAGACCUACUGUCUGUGGGCUGCCUGGAGGUGGUAACAUUAGGAUAUGAGGAAGAAGGAGUCAAACGCACUACGGACAUCAUGGACAUCAGCACCCAUUUGUGUGUGUGUGGCGAUUUAGAAUGCUCGUCAUGAUUGGGGGCUUUGUUGAGCAUAACCAGGCCUGGCUUGGUCACUCAGGAGGAGGAAGUGAUGGAAGGAUGACUUAACCCAGCAUUAAAAAAAACAGACUGAUAAAUGGAGAGAGAGAAAAGAUGGAAUAGAGAAGAAGAGGAGAUGAAGAGAGAGAGAGAGAGAAGAUAGCAAGAGAGAGAGAAGGAUAGAGUCUACUAGAUAGGAUGAUCAGAGGAUAGAAGCAGAGAGCUAUAGAGAUAGAUAGAGAGACUCGUAGAGAGAGAGACUCUCUCUCUCUCUAGAGAGAGAGAGAUGACUGAAUGGGAGUAUUAGUGUAGUAGAGGGGUUGAGUGGUGGUGCAGAUAAAUACAGGGGUGGCUGUAGUUUUAGAAAGAGAAGAUUGUAUUCCUAUUCAGAGAUUAGCCUGUGUUUGAGGUAAGGACUCUUAUUUGGUCACUGAAAUAUUACUCUCUCGCUAUUUCAGCCUGCUAUCACCUAGGCAACCCUGUCUGGCACACAAAAUAUCUACCUCUCUUUCUCCCUCUGCAUAAGUGACUAUUUGACUCUAUUCAUUUGACUUCAUAAUUUCUCUUCCACCACCUCUCUCCACCUCUCCAGUACAUGUAAUACUCUAAAAUACCUCAGCAGUUUCAAUAAAUAGGAGAGAGGGAGAGAAAGAAAGAGAGGAUAGUGAUGGAAAAGUGCUUAUUGCUAUCAGAGUACAGGGGGUGUGGACUAAGUGGCACAGCAGGCAGUUUUUUUCAGAGGGGAUAAGUAGUGAGGAGUCUCCCACCUGGAACAGCCCACAGGGUGCUGGCCUGGCCUUGUCCUGAGGAGUCUCCCUACUUCCUCCCUCACCUUCCCAUGGACGUCUGCUUCCUGGAUUAGGAGACAGCCGCCAGCUGUAGAUGAGGUCCAAUUAAUGAACUGUCUGUCUGGCCUGGACUAUAUGCUCUCUUUGUAUAGCAGACAUAUACUUAUAGUCAACAGACCUGGCGGGAAUACAUGUAUACACCUCUCCACCCUCUGCUUUCAGAACCAUCAAUGUUCCACUAUUCUCCCAGAAGAAGAAGACAGCUCCUCCCUGAUUGAUGACUCGACCAGCCAAUGGUCAGCCACCACGGACAGUGAGGAGGACAGGAGGAGUGCCUUAGAGAAGAGCAUGUAGGUGGUGGUGACCUCCACGUGAACCCACCCUGUGUCCAGUCUUAUGGCCCCUAUCCCAUUAAUGGACUGGACUGUCAGUUUUCCACCACAGUAUAAUGCAGCAUCUGAGUGCUACUGGUGCUGCAGUCAUUAAGUCCCUGAUAGUGUCCCAAAUGGCACCCUGUUCCCUACACAGUGCAAUACCCUAUGGGCCCUGGUCAAAAGUAGUGUACUAUACAGGGAAUACGGUGCCAGUUGGGAUGUAAUUCCGUAUGCUGUGUCCUGAUGAGAGCUAACAGUGUGAUGGAAGGGCUGACUCCACUCUGGGAGAACCCCAUCCCUCACUGUAAUGAGAGAAGACACUGUUUUAUGGCUGCCCUCUAUUACUACAGCCAACUCAUCUCAUCUUCUCUCUCUCUCUCUCUCUCUCUCUCUCUCUCUCUCUCUCUCUCUCUCUCUCUCUCUCUCUCUCUCUCAGAUAUGUGCUGACAGAGCUGAUAGAGACAGAGAAGUUGUAUGUGGAUGACCUGGGACUCAUAGUAGAGGUGUGGGACAAAUCUAUCAUCUGACAUUUUUUAUUGCUGACACCCUAUCAGUUAUUGUUGUGAUAUAAAGUACAGUGCACCGUAAGUCUCCUAUUUUUGUUAUGUCAUAGAAGUUAUUAUGCUAUUGUCUCUACCAUAUUACACAAUGAUGACUUUAGCCAGAUGCCCUCUUGUUAAGUAGCAGUAUUUCCCUUCCUGAGGUAGUGUUUAUGUGUGUGUGUGUGUGUGUGUGUGUGUGUGUGUGUUUGUGUCUUCUGCUCUGCCCAGGGCUACAUGGCCAGCAUGGCCAGUCAAGGGAUUCCAGAGGACAUGAAGGGCAAAGACAAGAUAGUGUUCGGGAACAUCCACCAGAUCUAUGACUGGCAUAAAGAGUAGGUCUCACGCUUUUGGCUAAACGUGUGUGUUUGUCUGUGUGUGUGUGUGUAUGUGAAUACUGAGCGCUCUUUAUGUGAAGAGUGUGUGUGGAGUGUGUGUGAGUGCUCACUGAGACUGGAGCAUGUUUAUCAAUAUGCAUCAUAUAAGUCUGUUCCUCUCACACUAAAUCCACAUGGCUGUCAGACAUUUCCUGUGUGUGUGUGUGUGUGUGUGUGUGUGUGUGUGUGUGUGUGUGUGUGUGUGUGUGUGUGUGUGUGUGUGUGUGUGUGUAGUCUCUGAAAGCCCGUCGGAUCUGUUUCUCUCGCUCCUUCUGUGUUUGUAUCUCUGUGUGUAUCGGUUUCCAUGUGUAUAGUUGUGUGUGUAUCUGUGUUACUCUUCCCCUCUGCCUGUGUGUGUAGAAGAGUGUAUAUUGGUGUUUGACCCUCUCCUCUGCUCUGUGUGUCACAGCUAUCUCCUGGGGGAGCUGGAGAAGUGUGUGGCUGAGCCCGACAGACUGGCCCAACUCUUCAUCAAGCAUGUGAGUCUGUGUGUGUGUUUGUGUGUGUGUGUGUGUGUGUGUGUGUGUGUGUGUGUGUGUGCUUGCGUGUGUACGCAUAUGUACGUUUGUGUGUGUGUGCAAAUGAGUGUAUGUUUGUGUGUGUUUGCAUGAGUGUAACUCUUUGUUUGCGGACACACCAUGACAACCUAGCCCCUUACAUGGUCUUUGAUUCUGUUUUCUUGUAUUUGGAAUGAAGUUCCAGGGUGUCUCUCUGUGUGUUUGGUAAGAAGUCCUGGUCUCUUCAUAGAACUGACUGUGUUUAGUGUCCCUGUCUCUGGCUCACUGCCAUCCAGAUGUGUCUUGAUCGUUCAGGUUGCCUGGAGGAGAGGAGAGCCGAAUGCCAGUAGAAUAAUAAUAAGUGCAGGCUUAAUUAUCCUAAAGAGCUUUUUACUAUGCUACGGUCAGCUAACAGAACAGUUACAAAGAGCCAGUGUUCAAACGCCAGACUGUUUGUGAAACUGCAGAGCCAAAUGAGCCAGAAUGACAGAUAAAUGACAUUCAAAGCAAAUAAACAGCUGUGUUUGUACUUAGUGCACACACACAAACACACAGACGUGCGUGCGCGCACACACACACUCACACACACACAAUAACAACCGGGUUUGUGUGUGAAGGUCAGGAUCUCACAGAAAAAAUGAGGCAGAGUGAGAAGAAGAGCAGGACCGUGGCAGGAAAUAGUCCAUAUACACAUAUUCUUACAUUAUUUUCUAUAGACACUCACACACACACACACACACACACACUUUCUAUUUCUCUCUCCCACCCCCCCACUCCUCUCUCUCUCUCUCUCUCUCUCUCUCUCUCUCUCUCUCUCUCUCUCUCUCUCUCUCUCUCUCUCUCUCUCUCUCUCUGUGUCCCAGUUCCUUCAUUAGUCCAGCAAGUUUAAUUAAGCAAGAGUGAAUUAAACGAUUCUUCCCAAGCUGCCGGAACCAUUUAAUAAGGCAAAGUUCCUGCUCUUAUUUAACAGAUUUCAAAAAGGCCUGGAGGGGAAGGAGAACUGAGUCAAACUUAGAGGAAUAAGAGGGUUAGAGCAGCCAUGAUGGGGGAGGCACUUAGCCUACACACCAAAACAUACACACAGACCUGCUCACACUAGCUCUCUCACACACAGGGACCACAGGCGCCACCAUCUGGUAUAGCUCUCUUAUCAUCUCUGUGUUUGUUUUUGGACCUCUAGGAGCGGCGUCUCCACAUGUACGUAGUGUACUGUCAGAACAAGCCAAAGUCAGAGCAUAUUGUCUCAGAGUAUAUCGAGACGCACUUCGAGGUGAGUGACUCUUCACAGUACAAUUACAAAGACAGUUUAAGAGCAGUUUAAUCCCAUUCAGGCAUCGUUCUAGUCCAAUUCCUCUUAUUUCUCUAACUCUGGUUUGGGUUGUUUGUAUCUUAAGUGCUCAUUCUAUAUCUUUAUUUAUUUCUGACUGACCCAAACCUGCCCUUAGUUCUGUGUGUUCUAUGUGGGUGUUGCUAUGAGGAGCUAACCUGUCUGGUUCUGUAGGAGCUGAGGCAGCAGCUGGGCCACAGACUACAACUCAACGACCUGCUCAUCAAACCAGUACAGAGGAUCAUGAAAUACCAACUACUGCUCAAGGUGUGUGUGUGUGUGUGUGUGUGUAUGUGUGUGUGUGUGUGUGUGUGCGUGUGCGUGCGUGUCUGCAUGUGUACUUGUCCAAGCGCGUCCUGUGCGUAUACAGGUGUGUUUGAAAUCCCCCUGGAAUAUGGAAAAUAACUGGUAUAAUUAGCAUGAUGUCAUCUAGCCCUAGCUGAUUUGAGUCAUUGUGUAAUGGAGCUGUAUUGAAUGACUUGUCGCUGCAAGAGAUGGCGAGAAAGAAAGGCAAGAAGAAAGACAGAUUAGGAGUGACUGGAGAAUAAGCAGCCCGCCCCGCAGCAUUGUGGGAGCUUUUACUGUGAUUUAGAGAUGAAUAUUGAAAGCUUUUGUCCCAAGAGUCCCAAGUCCUCUUAUCAGCUCCCUAAUCUCACAGUGGAUAAUAUGUCGCUCUUACAUUAUGAAACACAAGAUACAGUACAGUCCCAUUUUGUUCAGUAAUCCCUCCGAAACGUUCAGGAACUAUUCUCUGAUUGGCUCCCUCAGGACUUCCUGAAGUACUACACCAAAGCAGGAAGGGAUACCUCAGAGCUGGAGGUGAGAGUUCUCCCAAAACCAUGGUACAAACAGUCAUGGUCAAAACAUUUCCAAUACUUACUUGUGAUAUUACUGUAAACUGCACACACAGAGUUUUCUCUCAUGUACACAGCUCUGUUGGAGAAAUCGGAAAAAGGACUGUUUUAAGUUGCAAACGAUGAUUAUCUAUCCCACACCAUCUCUUUCUCUCUUUUUAUUUCAUGUUCCUCUUUCCCUAUCUCCACCCCUCCUCUUCUCCCACCCACAGAGAGCGGUGGAGGUGAUGUGUUUCGUGCCCAAGCGCUGUAAUGAUAUGAUGAACGUGGGCAGGCUGCAGGGCUUUGAGGUGAGAUAUCAGACACCAGACGCUGUUCUCCAUGUGAUGUUGUGUUUUCUAGUACAGUUGGCAAGCAUGUAUGUGAUUACUGAAAACAGGUGGAAACCAUUUUGAUUAUAUCACUUGUCAAACAAAAACAAUAUACAUGAUGAGUAUGAAAAAAGUAUGCAAAUGUAUUCACUCACUACUGUAAGUCGCUCUGGAUAAGAGCGUCUGCUAAAUAAAAAAAAUGUAAAAUGUAAAAUUAGUAUGUUUUCCUUUAUAUCUUAUCUUAUGGGGGUCUCUCUCUCUCUCUCUCUCACUCUCUCUCUCUCUCCCUCUCUCUCUCUCUCUCUCUCUCUCUCUCUCUCUCUCUCUCUCUCUCUCUCUCUCUCUCUCUCUCUCUCUCUCUCUCUCUCUCUCUCUCUCUCGCUCUCUCAGGGGAAGAUCACAGCCCAGGGGAAGCUGCUCCAGCAGGACACCUUUACAGUCAGUGAGCAGGACAGCAGCUUCCUGUCCCGCGCCAAGGAGAGGCGGGUCUUCCUGUUUGAACAGCUGGUCAUUAUCAGUGAGCCAAUCGACAGGAAGAAGGGCUUCUCUCUGCCAGGGUACACCUUUAAAAACAGCAUCAAGGUGAGAAUGACAGAGUACUGUUUGUUUGUGUCUGUGUCUGUGUCUGUGUCUGUGUCUGUGUCUGUGUCUGUGUGUGUGUGUGUGUGUGUGUGUGUGUGUGUGUGUGUGUGUGUGUGUGUGUGUGUGUGUGUGUGUGUGUGUGUGUGUAUGUGUGUGACCCCUGUCUCUCUCUCUGCUGCAGCUCAGUUGUCUGGGUGUGGAGGACCACUGUGAGGAGGACCCAUGUCGUCUGGUCCUGACGUCCCGUGGGCCUGAUGGGAGCGUGACGCGCUUCGUCCUGCAGGCAUCGUCCCCGGAGACGCGGAGGGCCUGGGUCAACGACGUGGUCCAGAUCCUGGAGACACAGAGGAACUUCCUCAACGGUACUCCUGCUGACUGCUAGGCCAAGGGCCAUAUACAUAAUGUGUCCCAAAUGACACCCUAUUCCCUAUUUAGUGCACUACUUUUUCUCUGAUGUUUACACACACAAGUAUACACUGAGUGUACAAAACAUUUCCAUGACAUAGACCAGGGUUCUACAAUUCCGGUCCUGGAGGGCCGAAACACUUCUGUUUUUUAUUUCUACCUGGUAUUUAAUUGCACUCACCUGGUGUCCCAGGUCUAAAUUAGCCCCUGAUUAGAAGGAGAGGAUGAAAAACAGAGGUGUUUCGGCCCUCCAGGACCGGAAUUGAAGAACCCUGACAUAGACUGACCAGGUGAAUCCAGGUGAAAGCUAUGAUCCCUUAUUGAUGUCACUUGUUAAAUCCACUUUAAUCAGUGUAGAUGAAGGGGAGGAGACCAGUUAAAGAAGGAAUUUUUAAGCCUUGAGACAACUGAGACAUGAAUUGUGUAUGUGUGCCAUUCAGAGGGUGAAUUGGCAAGAAAAAAUAUUGAAGUGCCUUUGAACGGGGUAUGGUGGUAGGUGCCAGGCGCACUGGUUUGAGUGUGUCAAGAACUAUAACGCUGCUAGGUUUUUCACACUCAAUAGUUUCCUGUGUGUAUCAAGAAUGGUCCACCACCCAAAGGACAUCCAGCCAACUUAACACAACUGUGGGAAGCAUUGGAGUCAACAUCGGCCAGCAUCCCUGUGGAAUGUUUUUGACAAAUUGUAAAGUCCAUGCCCCAACGAAUUGAGGUUGUUCUGAGGGCAAAAGGGGUGCAACUCAAUAUUAGGAAGGUUUUCCUAAUGUUUUGUAAACUCAGUGUAUGUUGUUGUAAAAUAUGAUAAAACAUUUCAGGAUAUUUUGAAGCUGUGUUUACUGUGUCAACUGCAUGAUUGUUUCUCACUUCUUCUCCCUCCAACUAACCUCCUCUCCUCCCAAUCUCCUGUUGUCCAUAGCUCUCCAGUCUCCUAUAGAGUACCAGCGUAGGGAGUCCAACAGCCUGGGACGAGCAAUGAGGGCUCCCGUGGCAAUGUCCUCUGGCCUGCGACCCCACUCCUCGGCCUCCAUUGACCGCCACCGGCUACCUUACUUGCGCUCCUACAACACCUCCCUGCCCUCCCUGCACCUGCCCAGCCAGGGACCCACUGCGGACACACAGGUAGGCACUAAUAAUACUCCGGCUGUGUCCCAAAUGGCGCCCUAUUCCCUACAUAGUUCACUACUUUUGACCAGAGCCUUAUGGAAUAGGGUGCCAUUUGGGACAUAACCCACUGACUGCACCAAUGCACUCACAAGAUUUCAUCUGAUGAUGAUCGUAGCAAGUGAAGAUAAAAUAGUGUUAGUAACUACUUGUAAAAAUAUAUUUAAUCUAAUUACCUAAUUAUUUCUCUCUCUCUCUAUUUCUCUCUUUCUCGCUCUCUUUCUCUUAUUCACCUCUCUUUUCUCUCUUUCAGUCCCCACUGUACCUUAGCAAUGCGACACGCCGUCCCUCUCACCUCCCUCUGACCAGCCCUCUGCAGCUCACCUUGUCCCCAGAGGCCAGGCACUGCCAGGGGGUGUCCAACGGCCUGUGCCCCCCUGCCCAGCACAGCUCACAGGUAUUCAAUCACACUGCAGGGAAAUACAAUAAGAACCCACUAACUCCAACACUCUCAGUACAGCAGUGAGUAUCUUGCAGGUUCUGAUAAGUCACAACUCUAAUCCACAUUGACCAAAUCCUAUUUUGAGAUCGACCACACAUGUCUACAGAAAUAUAAUUAAAGCAUGAUUUACAGUACAGGAAAGUCUGAAUUAUUUUCCAAUUUAGGACUCACCACAAUGAGCCCGAUAUCUGUCAUUAACCUCCCAUAAACUCUCUCAUCACUUCAGAUCACAAAGAGAUCAGCGAAUGGUUUAGUUGAUAAAUAGCUCUUCUACAGUUAGGAUGAGGGGAAUAACUGUGAAGUCAGCUCUUUCCCAAGUUCUUUAUUGUUUUAUCAUAUUAUUCCCCUGGCCAUUGGCCUUGGUUGUCAUGGUUGUCAGUGCUAGAGGGAAAUGACUGGGCCAGUCCUCUCCUCUGUCCUAAUGGGAGAUAUCCUGUUGUUGUUCCCAGCUGGGGAUACCAAACUAAUGGCACGCUGGCUGGCUGUCAUAUUGAUCUGUGGUCAGUUCCUAGAAAUACGAUAGAAACCAUAAAGAUAAAGAUUGCAGUCAAGUCCCUCAAGUCCCACUGAUCCCAAGUCAGAAUACCCUGAGGAUUACUUAAUCUUCAGCAGACAAACUGAUCCCCAGUCAGUUUGAGGCAGGUUCAGGGUUAAAAACAUUCCUUUGUCCCAAUGUUCUCCAGUCAGUUCCCAGGGAUAACUAGCCCAAUGCCCUGACUGGUGGUUUAUCUUAUUUAGCCAGACUCUCACCAUUAAAAUGAGGAAAUUGGUUUGAUUGCUGGACUCUUAUCAGAGAGGCUUGUCAUGCAUGUUUCCACACUUCAUUUAGUUCCUCCUCCUCUCUCUCUGGUAGAUGCAGAAAGGAGGAUAGGGAACUUUUGGGGCCUUUGGAAAAAAGUGUAGUGUUGUCCUAUCAGUGGGUUGAUGAGGGCUAUUUCAAACUGUUCUGGUGUGUUUGGAAAGAGAUGUUGUAUGCUACAAUAGAUAUAGAGAAGGUGAGAGGACUGAUAGCAUUCUGUGUGAAGGCUGAGUGAGUUCAAACUGUUGGGUCACUUUCUCUUCCUGUCUCCAUCCAGGGUUGAUGUAAGGAUAGGAUCUUGCUUUAGAACCAUUCAACAUACCAUCAGCUUUGUCUUUCCCCUUUCCUUUUUGCAAGGCUAGGUAGGGUCUCUAUUUCUCUGUGUGUGUCUCUAUCUUCCUCUCUUUCUCUCUUCUGUCUGUCUCUCUCUCUCUUUUUGUGUGUAGGACUAUCUCUCUCUUUUCUCUCCUCUCUCUCUCUCUCUCUCUCUCUCUCUCUCUCCUCCUCUCUCUCUCUCUCUCUCUCUCUCUCUCUCUCCUCUCUCUCUCUCUCUCUCUCUCUCUCUCUCUCUCUCUCUCUCUUUCUCUCUGGCACUGGUGCUAGGGCCAUGGGAUCUUGAGUGUUGUUAUCAGGCUUGUUUUGUGCUGGGCCCUUCCUGUAAAGCCAGUUCGUUCACUGUCUCUCUCUGGCACGCUGAGCACCGACAGACCGACCAACCGGAGGUCCUGAGAUUGAGAGCUCUGCUCACUGUGUGGAAAUGCAGGUGAUCCAGGAAACAAAGGAACUCUGAAUCCAUUAGAAACCAUUCAACUUAAAAGCAUAUGGUAUAUUCCAUUCAGUUCAGUUCCAUAUGACUUCAUUAACCUCCUCAGGGACAAUAAGGAAGAAAUUGCCAUAGCACAAGUCAACAAUUACCUACUUCCUCCUAUACACAAUAUACAGGCCUCCUUGUAACACAGAUACAGACUUACAUUACAUCAUUACAUUCAGAGACUGCACAGAUGUACAAACGGAAUAUGUUCAGACUUAAAUGUAAUAAAGGCUUUGAUAUAAAAGUUAUUGACACAUUAAGCCUCUUGGCCCAGGUAUGACUCCACUAUGUGUAUGUAACUGAACACACUGCCUCUGUCUUCUCCUGUCUUCUCAGGGUGGUACUGACUGGUACCAUGGAGCCAUGCCGGGGGAGGGAGGGGCUUACGCAGCGCAUCGCUCAGGCAACCUGGAUCAGCUGA